CUAUCACUGAGCUCACAUCUCCCCAGUCCAUCUCUCUCACUGAGCUCACAUCUCCCCAGCCCAUCUCUCUCACUGAGCUCACAUCUCCCCAGCCCAUCUCUCUCACUGAGCUCACAUUCCCCAGCCCAUCUCUCACUGAGCUCACAUUCCCCAGCCCAUCUCUCUCACUGAGCUCACAUCUCCCCAGGCCAUCUCUCUCACUGAGCUCACAUCUCUCCAGCCCAUCUCUCUCACUGAGCUCACAUUCCCCAGCCCAUCUCUCUCACUGAGCUCACAUCUCCCCAGCCCAUCUCUCUCACUGAGCUCACAUCUCCCCAGCCCAUCUCUCACUGAGCUCACAUUCCCCAGCCCAUCUCUCUCACUGAGCUCACACUUGUCUCUCCCUUCCUGCCCAGCCAUUCCCUCCGGGCGGCAUCCUCUGCCCUUGACGUCACUCCCCGGCCAGCUCCUGCGCACUGCAGGCCCCUCCCCUCCCCGGGCGCAGGCUGCCCUGGAUACCCGGCGUCAUGUGUGUUGGCUGAGGCUGUGUCGGGGAUGGAGAGCGCCUUGCUGUGUGAUGAUGAGAUCUGUAAGUAGCCGGGGGUACACGGGGGUCAGGGCUGAUCCUGCGCAUGUCCAGGAGGGCUCUGCCAGGGAUAAAGUGCGAGUCCCUUCCAGCUGUCACUGGCCGCCUGGGGGCAGAGGGCAUCGGGCUGAGCCAGGGGGUGAGAUAGGGACAGGGUCAGCAAAUCACCAAUAUCACCCCCCACCUCACCCUGCUGGGCUGGCACAGGGACUCACAGCCUGUAACCAUGAUAACAAUAGCAAUAAAACCUGGGUGAUAUAUUCCUUAUAUUAUACAUGGAGAGCAGUGUGUGUGCAUAUUAUAUUAUACAUGGAGAGCAGUGUGUGUAUAUAUUAUAUUAUACAUGGAGAGCAGUGUGUAUAUAUUAUAUUAUACAUGGAGAGCAGUGUGUGUAUAUAUUAUUAUACAUGGAGAGCAGUGUGUGUAUAUAUUAUAUUAUACAUGGAGAGCAGUGUGUGUACAUAUAUUAUACAUGGAGAGCAGUGUGUCUGUAUAUAUUAUUAUACAUGGAGAGCAGUGUGUGUAUAUAUUAUAUUAUACAUGGAGAGCAGUGUGUGUAUAUAUUAUAUUAUACAUGGAGAGCAGUGUGUGUACAUAUAUUAUACAUGGAGAGCAGUGUGUCUGUAUAUAUUAUUAUACAUGGAGAGCAGUGUGUGUGCAUAUUAUAUUAUACAUGGAGAGCAGUGUGUGUACAUAUUAUAUUAUACAUGGAGAGCAGUGUGUGUGUAUAUAUUAUUAUACAUGGAGAGCAGUGUGUGUGUAUAUAUUAUUAUACAUGGAGAGCAGUGUGUACAUAUUAUAUUAUACAUGGAGAGCAGUGUGUACAUAUUAUAUUAUACAUGGAGAGCAGCGUUUGUACAUAUUAUAUUAUACAUGGAGAGCAGUGUGUGUAUAUUAUAUUAUACAUGGAGAGCAGCGUGUGUACAUAUUAUAUUAUACAUGGAGAGCAGUGUGUAUAUAUUAUAUUAUACAUGGAGAGCAGUGUGUGUACAUAUUAUAUUAUACAUGGAGAGCAGUGUGUGUAUAUUAUAUUAUACAUGGAGAGCAGUGUGUAUAUAUUAUACAUGGAGAGCAGUGUGUAUAUAUUAUAUUAUACAUGGAGAGCAGUGUGUACAUAUUAUAUUAUACAUGGAGAGCAGUGUGUGUAUAUAUUAUAUUAUACAUGGAGAGCAGUGUGUGUACAUAUUAUAUUAUACAUGGAGAGCAGUGUGUGUAUAUAUUAUAUUAUACAUGGAGAGCAGUGUGUAUAUAUUAUAUUAUACAUGGAGAGCAGUGUGUGUAUAUAUUAUUAUACAUGGAGAGCAGUGUGUGUAUAUAUUAUAUUAUACAUGGAGAGCAGUGUGUGUACAUAUAUUAUACAUGGAGAGCAGUGUGUCUGUAUAUAUUAUUAUACAUGGAGAGCAGUGUGUGUAUAUAUUAUAUUAUACAUGGAGAGCAGUGUGUGUAUAUAUUAUAUUAUACAUGGAGAGCAGUGUGUGUACAUAUAUUAUACAUGGAGAGCAGUGUGUCUGUAUAUAUUAUUAUACAUGGAGAGCAGUGUGUGUGCAUAUUAUAUUAUACAUGGAGAGCAGUGUGUGUACAUAUUAUAUUAUACAUGGAGAGCAGUGUGUGUGUAUAUAUUAUUAUACAUGGAGAGCAGUGUGUGUGUAUAUAUUAUUAUACAUGGAGAGCAGUGUGUACAUAUUAUAUUAUACAUGGAGAGCAGUGUGUACAUAUUAUAUUAUACAUGGAGAGCAGCGUUUGUACAUAUUAUAUUAUACAUGGAGAGCAGUGUGUGUAUAUUAUAUUAUACAUGGAGAGCAGCGUGUGUACAUAUUAUAUUAUACAUGGAGAGCAGUGUGUAUAUAUUAUAUUAUACAUGGAGAGCAGUGUGUGUACAUAUUAUAUUAUACAUGGAGAGCAGUGUGUGUAUAUUAUAUUAUACAUGGAGAGCAGUGUGUAUAUAUUAUACAUGGAGAGCAGUGUGUAUAUAUUAUAUUAUACAUGGAGAGCAGCGUGUGUACAUAUUAUAUUAUACAUGGAGAGCAGUGUGUGUAUAUUAUAUUAUACAUGGAGAGCAGUGUGUACAUAUUAUAUUAUACAUGGAGAGCAGUGUGUGUAUAUAUUAUAUUAUACAUGGAGAGCAGUGUGUGUACAUAUUAUAUUAUACAUGGAGAGCAGUGUGUGUACAUAUUAUAUUAUACAUGGAGAGCAGUGUGUGUAUAUAUUAUAUUAUACAUGGAGAGCAGUGUGUGUACAUAUUAUAUUAUACAUGGAGAGCAGUGUGUAUAUAUUAUAUUAUACAUGGAGAGCAGUGUGUGUAUAUAUUAUAUUAUACAUGGAGAGCAGUGUGUGUACAUAUUAUAUUAUACAUGGAGAGCAGUGUGUGUAUAUAUUAUGUUUAAUUAAAAAAAAGAAAAAAUUACAUCUGCAAAUAAAUCGACGUUUCGACCCUAACUGGGUCUUUCUCAAAUAGAAACGUUGAUUUAUUUGCAGAUGUAAUUUUUUCAUUUUUUUCAUUAAACCACAAGUGUGCUUACUUAAGUCCUGUGUGUGCACCCUUUAUCUUCAGAAUAUAUAUUUCAACGCGGGUAGCAUCCAUUACUUAUAUUAUACAUGGUGAGUAGUGUAUGUAUACAUAUUGUGUGCACGCGCGAACGCUGUGUGUGAUAUGUGUGAAUAAAUUAGUCUUUUUCUCGUGUGUGUAUCAAUAUUUAUGUACAUAUGUUUAUCUUUUUCCUCUGUGUAUGUAGGAAGCAAUAUCUAUAAUGAGAAGCAUAACAUUUAUUUAUUUUUUUAAGUGGAAUUCCUCUUGUAUAGAUUCCUCAAGUUGGAAACAAUGAGAGGAAGUAAAAGCUAGGACAAGUCACUGUAGCAAUAAGUUUCACUAUCAGGACAAUGACACUGGGUCAUGUCUGUAGCACAGGACACCACAUUCAGUGCCCCAGCUCCUUGCUGUAUCCUGUUCUUAUAAUAAUCUUUCAUUUUACUAAGUAACCCUUUUAGAAGCUCCAUUAACUGUGCACUUUCAAAUUACAUAUUUUGCAUUCAUCUCUCUCUUUCAGGUAACAAAUAAGGCUUUGCAAGAAUUAAUUUAUCUGUUAGAUUUAUAAAAUAAUUUUUAGAAGUAUAUUUUAUCUGUCUACAUGUCUAUCUUUGGCAUAUAAGAAACUAUUCUAUUUCUAUCCCCUUGUAUAAGACCAUGGAUUAUUUAUUAUAUAUUUUAUUUAUAAAUAAUAAUUAAGCAAAUAAUCAAUGUAAUCAUUUAUCAUGUUUCCGACAUUUCACCUCCACAAAUACACCCUUGUACUUUAACACAUAUCAUGGACUACAGAUCUUUAAAGCCGCACCGUCAUGGCCGCAUCCAUUUUUUUUUUAAACCCCCCUCCAGACUCUAAUACAUCUAAUAGCCCCCCUGGUCGCCCCCAAAUGCCCCUAAGCCCCCCAUAUUACCUAUAUUUAAUUUUUAUUUUCUGCCUAGACCUAGGUCCUGGGCGCCGCCAUCUUUGUGUGGGUAGAUGAAGUCCCUGUGGGACUUCAAAAUGGUGAACCCUCCCAUCUAUUACAAAAGACCCCCAUAUCUAUUAAUUAGCGGAGGGGACACAGUGUCCCCUCCCCCCUCCCCCCCAGCCUACACCCGUGCCCCGAGAGUGCGGGAUAUGCCCUGUGGGUGGGGACCCUAAAUGACAAUGAUGGGGGACCUAUUGUCCUCCGCCCCAGGCACCCACCGAUGGGCCACGGGUGGGGGCCCUACAUAAAAAUAGGGGGAGGACAAACCUAUUGUCGGCCCCCACCCAUGAGCGGCGGGUGGGGGCUCUAAAUGGCAAGGGGGGCCUAUUGCCCAUGGGUGGGUGCCCUACAUAAAAAUAGGGGUGGACCUAUUGUUUUUUUUUUUUUACAUUUAGACGCCCCAACCACGACUCACCUCGCAGCAUAGCGAGUAGGGGCAGAUUAAUUACUAAUACUAAGUAAUUUUUACUUAGUAUUAGUAAAUUUGGCUGAAAGACCAGUUUUGGUCUUUCAGCCUUUUGGUACAAAGCUCCCUAAUACCGUGGCACGAAUAGGAUCGGAGUUUCAUUCAUUUUAACGAAAUUCCGAUACGAACAGAAACUACCGAAUGCCAUUCUAACACGAAUGAACAAACUGUUCAUUCUGUUAGGACGGAAUUCGAUAGUUUCGCCGGUGUCCUAUCUAUAUGACAGGACGCUGGGGAAUAGUGAAAGGAAGCAUCGUGAGAUCAGGUGAGAAAUGUGGGGAAAUUCCUUUGACCGUGAGAAGUGGGUCAAAGCUGGUCAAGCGUAGGAAACCUCCAUAAGACAAAGUAGUCCCUACUUUUUCUUAUGUUUUAAAGAAAACUAGAGCAGACAUGAAGAAAUGAACAGAUCCUGACAGAGGGAGAGAAGAGGAAUCGAUGAAAGAAAGGAAUGGUCAGCACGACCGUGCCGCCUUAACUUCUGUUAUUAUGUCAGAGCAUUAUGGGAUUUGCAGUCCAUCAUCACAAGAUCCUUGCUUACACCAUAAUGUGAAUGGUAAAGAAAUGAAAAGCGGACAUAACUUACUUUGAAGCAAUGCAGUCAGGGAACACAGAAAGGAUGUGAAAAGUAGAAAAAUACUUCUUUACUAAGCCACUCUGCUCUGGUUAGACCAAAAUUUAGAUUUUUUUAUUUGUCAAUUCUCUACAAUUCCAAGUUUUAUGAGUAAACCCAACCAUGUUAAAGACAGUCUUAGACUAAUGGCUACAUUAAGAGCCCAGAAAAUACUACAUAUUAUUCUUAUAUUUGUUGUUUUUGUGUGUUUAAUAAACAUCUUGUAUAUAUUACAGACCAUACUAAAACUCAAAGUAUUAAAUGCUUGGUGUGAUUGACUCUCAUAUGUAAAUAUACAUAUGAUUCCAAAUAUUUAGGAUUUUUAAAAUAAAUUCUUAAAUAGCGUCCUUAUUAACCCCUUAAAGACCAAACUUCUGGAAUAAAAGGGAAUCAUGACAUGUCACACAUAUCAUCUGUCCUUAAGGGGUUAAGGAGACUUUCAAAGGAUCACUCCAUGAGCACUUCAGUGAUUUAAAGUGGUUGUUGUGCCUGGCGUGUAUAUGAAAUGCGCAAAUACAGAUUUUUGACCACCUCCAGCAGCAUUGUUGGGGCAUUAUUAACCAGCCCCAAGCAAGAGUUAUUGGCAGUAUAAUGUAAAUUCUGUGCUUAUUUGGCAUCUGUUGUCUGCACGCAGAGCGUGCUUGAGGCAGGCAGACCACAUCCUCCACCCAUUCUUCCCCGAUAUCACUUGCUUGGCAGCUGGGGUGAGUGAUGUCUGCAUAGGAGGACAGGGCUGAGGGGAGAACCUGGCCUUGCCGCUGCCCUAGAAGUAUAAGUUUAAGCCUUAGUAAUGUAUUUAAAUAUUUUUACCUUUGAUCAUGGGGGACCAGAGCAGAAAUUUCAUUAUUAACAGGUAAGCACAUAUCUAGCGACUAACAUAAUUGUUGCUGACCUUGGAACACUUGCUGCCAUGGAUAUGUUAUUUGGCCUUUUACCACAGUAAAGCUGUGUUUAAAGCAGGUUUAUGUGAAAGGGCUUGUUACUAGAGAUACUACAGUGAAAACAGGGUGAGGCACAGGCCAAAUAACAUAGUGUAAGGAAUUUCCUGCCCUCUUACCAAACUGGUAUAUUAUCUCUCGACUAAAGCUUUUGUUUUGUUGCAGCAUACAGAUGAGGAAAGUAACAGUAUAAACCAAAUACAGGUCUGUUCACUAGAGUGACUAUAGUCGGGAAUUCAAAGUGACUUUCACAUUUAAGGCCACGGUAACUAAAUGGUUAGCAUAAGUAACUAAUGGAGUGGAGAAUUUCCCCAGAUUGGCUUCUUUGCCAUAUAUUUGAGAUUCACUUUGAAUUCACUUAGAAUUCCUGACCAUUCUCACGUUGGUAAAUAACACUGAUAGUAUGAAUUUACAUUUUAGGAAAACAUAAAGACAUGUAAAUCAUCCUUAAAGGAUCACUAUAGUCACCCAGACCACUUCAGCUCAGUGCCAGGUCCCUCAGGUUUUAACCCUUCAGAUGUAAACAUAGCAGUUUCAGAGAAACUAAGGGGGACCUAACGGUUAUAUAGUGUCAGGAAAACAAGUUUGUUUUCCUGACACUAUAGUGAUCCUUUAACAGGAUAAGUUUUUAAUUUGGCUUUUUUGACUUAGAAUUUUACCUUCUGGCAUUUGAUGGUUCUAUACUGUGAAAUGGAUCUGGGGUCCAGGUCCUGGUAUUUUUGUGCACAAAAGAAAUAUAAGUGCAUCUCUCUCCUGAAACAGUGCUCCCUGCAGGGAGGGGGCCGACCUCAGUGAUGGAGAGGCAGCCUCGUGUGCAUUCUUGCCAAGCUUACCUACCAUUAGAGGGACACUGUAGGCACUCAGACCACUUCCGCUCAUUAAAAUUGUCUGGGUGCUAUGACCCUUUUGAACUUAGUGCAGCAAUGUAGAACAUUGCAAUGUUUAAAUUGCAGCUCUAAGUCUGCCCUCUGUGGCUGUUUACCAGACAGCCACUAGAGGGCUUCCGGAAUCCAAACCAACUUUUGGUCCGUUAUCUGACGCUGGACGUCCUCACGGACCUCCAACAUCAGAUUUUAUUAAAGACACGGAGGCUCAUAUUAUGCAUAACUCUUUCUUUAUUUCCUCAGCAGCAAAGAAAGAGAAAUAUAAAUAUUAUCAAAACUGAAGAAAAAACUGUAUAGGCACAACAGGUAGCCAAUCACAGGGUAUAGGAAGUAGCUAUAUAAGUCUUGUGUCUCCCACAAUCCUCCUCUUUCUUUGCUGCUUCCUCAGACAGAUAAGUGUUUCUCUGAUCUUUGGCUUGCAUUGUGAUUCCAUUUUAAUUUGUAUUACAGUGUGUUUCAUUUUAUGAUUUUUCAUGCUGUGUGUUUUACUAUUAUUUGUUUUCUUAUUGUUUGUAUUGGUUUGAUGUUUUGAUUUUGUUUUUCCCCGGCUGGUGUCUCCCCUCUGGGCCCGCGGGUGUGUCUCUGUCCGGGCGGUCCCCACCCCUCCCCUCCUCUCUCCCCUCUCCUACCCGUGCUUCUGCACGGGACCCGACCUGCUGUGCUGCGGCCGCGAUUUCCUCGCGACCGCGGCGGUGUACACGCUUCUCUCCUCCUCCCUCACUCCAGUUAGCGUGUCGGCUCGGCGGGUGGGUGCACGAGCCCCUUCCCCCGCCGAGUGUUUUCCUCGUGUGCCUUCCUCGUGCGGCGGCCAUUUUGGGGGCGGUCUUGUAUUCCUCCCAGUGCUGCCGUGCGACCGGCCACCUCGUAGCCCUGCUCCCUGGGGACACCAGCCAAAACGUUUGUUUUUCAGUUUUUCCUUGUGGGUUAAUCAACCCUUCCCUCUCUCUCCCAGCUAACACCCUGGUGUUAUUCAGCCUGCUUUGUUUGUAGUCAGUUUGGUCCCUAUAUAAUUGCCAUUGCAUUAUUAUUUUACUAUUUAAAUUCUCACUGUCUAUUCUGUCACUGUCACUACCAUGCAGGAUAGGGGUGAUGGGCCUGUUGGUCCCCCAGGGGACUUCCAAUUAGAUAGUACUGAUGGUGCCAUGGCCUCCCAAGAGUUUCAAGCCAUGUUAGAGGCCACUAUGGCUUCCUCCAUUCAGAAGGCUAUUGCCUCAGCCAUGGGAGCUGUCUCUUCAAAUUUCUCCCAGUCCCUGCACUCUCUGAUUUUACCUCCCAUGGCCACCCCUGCCCUCUCCCCUGCUCAGACUGUGCCUGGAGCCCGUAAGGCAAAGGCUAAGUCCAAACAUGUCGGCUCCCACUCCUCGAUGCAGGUUUUACCUGCCAUGACUGACACGCCUGAGGCGGUCUCAGAUAGCGCGCACCCCACGCGCAAAAGAGCCCCUGGCCGGGCUAAAAAGGCUAGACUAUGGAAAAGGGCUAGAGCCCAUGAUAUUGGGUCGGAUACCGACCGGAGUGUGGAGGAUGAGUCCGACGCUAUGGAGUACGACUCCUUUGAUCAUGAUGAUUCUGGCGAGGAUUUGCCCCUUACGGGCGUGAACCCCUCCGGGUCCUCCGCCAAUACCCGGGGCCCCUCACUUGCUCCCCCGGGGGGUGACACCUCGAUCCUUGACCCGCAGGGCAACCCCCUGUUUGACCCAGACGACCUACGUCAUCCUCGGUCCGCCGAGUGGGUUCCCCCAGAUCACAUCGCCCAAUAUGUGGCUAAGCGUAUCCGCACGCCACUUUCUAGGGAAGGCCGCAAUAAAUUGCGCGCCGAGUGCCCACGCCCGUCCCUCCCGGGCGCGGCUUGCAAAACCCCGGACAUUGACCCGCAAAUUGCUCAAUUCCUGAAUAAGUCAGGAUGGAAGCCCAAGAAGGGCCUUGACCACUCCCUUAAAAGCUGCCAGGACAAGAUCCUGGAUACCCUAGGUCCCCUUUCCAAGCUUUACGAGCUUUUGGAUGCUGCCAGGACCGGGGACUCCGUCCUGGACGUGGAUGUGGCCGUUGGUUGGGUCCAAAGAGCUAUUUGCUUACUGGGGAAUGCAAAUACGGCCAUGUCUACAGAAAGACGCAAGGCGAUCCUCCUGAAGAUCGACCCUAAAUUGGCCGCUAUGACUGUGGCGGAGCCUGGUCCAACUGAGGAGGGUCUCCUGUUUGGCACGUCCUUCGUUAAGGAUAUGGGUGCUUAUGUCAAGACCUUUACGGCUAUUGACAAGGCACAGGCGAACAUGAAGCGCGUGUUCGCGCCUAAGGUUUUCGGAGGGGCCGGGCGUAGCAGGAACCGUCCACCCGGCCGUGGUUUCCGAAGGCGCAUUCCGCGCAACCAGAGGUUCCUUCUUUCCCUCGAGAGGAUUUCAGGAACAGAGGGCCCCUCCCUUCUUCCCGGCAAGAGGUUGGGCCUGGGGAUCCAGAUACCCCCGCGGUGGUACCCCCGGCAGACGUCCUUACGGUGAGUACCCUUUCUUCCCCUCACGCUCAAGUUCGGGUGGCGGGGAGACUGGCCUUAUUUUGUCAAGAAUGGGCAAAGAUCACCUCAGAUGCUUGGGUUUUACAAUGUGUAAGGGGUUUCCGUCUGGAGUUUGUUUCCAUGCCUGUCCAGUUUUAUUUCCCCAGAGAAUUGUCCCUCCCUCAGGAUCAGGACGAGAUGAUUUCCACGGAAGUGGUGGAGAUGCUGUCCAAGGGCGCUAUAGAGGAGUUGCCGUUCGCCGCCCCAGGCUUUACGAGCAAUUUAUUCCUAGUGCCCAAGAAAGGAGGCGGAGUUCGCCCUGUCAUAAAUCUUCGCCCACUCAACGCUUUUCUACGCUACCAACACUUCCAGAUGGAAGGUAUACACUGCCUCAGAGACCUCCUACGUCAAUCAGACUGGUUGGCCAAGCUAGACCUGAAGGACGCAUACUUUACGGUCCCCAUCGCUUUGGAGUUCCGGGAUUAUCUCCACUUCACCUGGCAUGGGCGUCGUUGGCGCUUCACCUGCCUGCCUUUCGGUCUCUCCUCCUUGGUGCUUCACCAAGCUCAUGAAGCCCGUGGUGACAUUCCUCCGAACCCGGGGGGUUCGCCUCAUUAUCUACCUGGACGAUAUCUUGAUUUUAUCCCAGUCACGAGAGGAUCUCCUCACACACCUGGGAUGGACGACCGACCUUCUGCAGAAGUUGGGAUUUCUGAUCAAUUGGAACAAGUCGGUCCUGGUCCCUGCCCAGUCCAUAGAGUUUCUGGGUUUUCAAGUAGAUUCCAUCCAGCAGUUCCUGUUCCUCCCGGAUGCCAAGGUGAAAGCCAUCCAGAAGGAAAUUCGGAGGGCCCUCCGUGUUCCAGAUUUGUCGGUCAGACAACUGGCGAGAAUUAUCGGCCUUCUCGCGGCCUCUAUUCAAGCAAUUUUCCCAGGCCCCCUGCAUUACCGAGCGCUCCAACGGCUCAAGGGAUCACGAGUUCGCUCCGGUCAUUCAUACGAAUCUCGGAUAACAUUAGACGAGGAGUCCAGGGACGAACUAGCGUGGUGGUUGGCGCACAUGGAGGCAUGGAACGGAAGAGCCAUCUUCGGUUCUGCCCCGGAUAUAGUGAUAGAGUCCGAUGCCAGCUUACACGGCUGGGGCGCUCGUUGUGGCAACGUCUCCACAGGAGGCAGGUGGUCCGACACAGAUAAUUCAUUACACAUCAACUGCCUGGAACUUCUGGCAGGUGCCUUCGCGAUCCGCAGCCUUGCUCCGGGGAGGGCGAAUUGUUGCGUUCUCCUCAAGAUGGACAACGUAUCAGCAGUUCGUUACAUAAAUCACCUGGGGGGCACGAAAUCCAAAAUGUUGGCGCUUCUGGCAAAGGAUUUUUGGCAGUUCUGCCUCUACAACAACGUUUAGGUGACGGCGGAACACAUCCCAGGUCUGGACAAUUCGGGGGCGGAUUGGAAUUCCAGACACUUACGGGACUCCGGGGACUGGCAUCUACAUGCUUCAGUGUUCCAGUGCCUGAACAGGUUGUGGGGCCAGUUCCAGUUGGACCUAUUCGCGUCACGCCUGAACACUCAGCUACCGAGGUUCUACAGUUGGAGGCCGGACCCGGCUGCAAUAGCGACAGAUGCCUUCCUACAGGAAUGGCCACCGGGUCUGAUGUACGCCUUUCCCUCAUUCAACAUGAUCGCAUGCACGAUCUCGAAAUUGGUCCGCCACGAUUGUCGGAUGGCUUUGAUCACCCCUCUAUGGAGGUCUCGACCAUGGUUCCCUCGGCUGAUGGAACUGUCCAUAGACUACCCUCGUUUACUUCCAGUAUUCCAAGACCUCCUUCUGGAUCCGGAUGGGAACUCUCACGACCUGGUGUUGCAGCAUCAGCUACCCCUCAUAGCAUGGUUCCUUUCAGGGGACCUUGGGUUAUCCCAGACGUUUCGCAGUCAACUCUCCGACUCCUCGAUAACGCCUGGGCCCCGGGUACACGGACAGCUUACCGACAUUCAUGGAGAUCAUGGUCUGGUUGGUGCAUGGAACGGGCAAUGGAUCCCGUAUCUGCCCCUCUGCCUUUGAUUCUGGAGUUCCUCACGUUCCUAUUUGAUUCGGGCAAGGCAUACCGCACGAUCAACCUUUUCCGCUCAGCUAUCUCAGCCGGUCACGAAGGUCUAGACGGUUCUCCGGUUGGCAAGCAUCCUUUUGUCUGUCGACUUCUCAAGGGUAUUCGCCUUGCUCGUCCUCCUCGACCUCGUUUUGCCGCCUUUUGGGACGUCAACGUGAUGCUACAGUUCCUAUCAUCAUGGUACCCCAAUUUGGAGCUGACUCUCAAGCAAUUGUCUGCCAAAUUGGUUAUGUUACUGUGCCUGAUUUCUUGCAGAAGAGUCUCUGACGUUCGGGCCCUGGACUGGGACGCCGUUGCAUUCACCCCAGAAGGCGUCACCUUUGACAUUUCCAGGAGGACCAAGUCUGCAUCUAAGUCACUUACAUAUCCUAGGUUUUCAGACUGUCCAGCGCUCUGCCCGGUGGAUUGCAUCAAGGACUAUCUGGAUGUUACACGUCCCCUUCGCAUGACAGACCUGCACGAUCUGUUCAUAUCCUUUAAAUCGCCUCACCGGCCGGUUUCGACUCCUACUCUAGCACGUUGGGUGCGCUGGCUGCUAUCCUCCGCGGGUAUAGACACCUCAGUAUUUACGCCCCAUUCUGUCAGGGGCGCGAUGGCCUCGAAAGCCUCUUCAGUCGGAUGUCGCCUAGAGGACAUUAUGCGAGCGGCGGAUUGGUCUCGGGAAUCGACCUUCCGAACCUUCUACUUCAGGCCAAUUGAGCACAUCGCAUCUCGUGUGGUGGCACAGCUUUGAACUUGCAUAAUAUGAGCCUCCGUGUCUUUAAUAAAAUUCCCAGAUUUUACUAGUAACAUGACGUAAAGUCAUGAUUUUAUUAAAGACACGGAGGCGAGUAUUAUUCCCUCCCACCCUCCCGGAGUGGAGUUGGGGUACGAGAUGCUUGGUGGCUCUACAGGUAUGUUUUUUCAGUUCGAUCUGUAUCCUAUCAGUUGAUUUGCAUCUUUUGUACGGGUUGUUGUACCUUUAUGCUGUGUACUAAUUCUGUUGUUUUUAUAUUUCAGUACUCUGUUUUACCUGUGUCUCCUCAAGACUAUGUUUGGUAAGUUUGCAGUUCUGAAUUAAGAAAUUACCAUAUUUCUCUAUCUUUUUUAGCUUGAAAUUGUCGCAUCGUUUUCCCGUUACCCUGUUUCGGCCAAGUGGGACAUCGUUCAUCUUACCUGGUCUUCGGUUCGCAAGAAAGAGGGGGAUUGUGGGAGACACAAGACUUAUAUAGCUACUUCCUAUACCCUGUGAUUGGCUACCUGUUGUGCCUAUACAGUUUUUUCUUCAGUUUUGAUAAUAUUUAUAUUUCUCUUUCUUUGCUGCUGAGGAAAUAAAGAAAGAGUUAUGCAUAAUACUCGCCUCCGUGUCUUUAAUAAAAUCAUGACUUUACGUCAUGUUACUAGUAAAAUCUGGGAAUUUUCGUUGAAUAAUGCUUUCUUAUGGUAAGGUAUAAUGCGCGCACGGCCAUUGCCACGCAUGCGUGUUAGGUCUCCCCCAAGGGUUGACGUCGGUAGGGGAGGAGUGUGGGCUGAGCCUGACCCACGCCGAGGGAGAUCGGCGCUGAAUUCAGGUAAGUAGCUGAAGGGGUUUUAACUUAUUAACCCUAUAGUGCCAGGAAAACGGCUUUGUUUUCCUGACACUAUAGAAUCCCUUUAACUCUGUUGUACCUGCACUCUUUCCAGUGGGUCUUUUGGGGCAGAGCUAAAGACACAGUUACAUUUCUGUCAUGCCCCCUUUACCUCCCUUCCACCUGCGUCGUGAUUCUCAGGGAGUCAGAGUUGGACGGUAUGGUUCACAGCCAUGUCCACAACCCUCCCUUCCCAUUUUUGCUAAACAAUUAUAGUUUAAUAACAAUCACUCAUCUAAUUUACAGCACUAAGACUGCUUUGGUGCCUCUGCCCUCUCUAUUUUCGAAGACGUCAGCAUGCCUGCUGACAUCUUCUGCAAACUCCUCCAGUCCAAUGCUUCUCAUAGAGAAGGAUGGAUUGGCCGCGUAGGGCCGAGUUUUGCUCUGUUUUGAAGGAGAAAGUUCCUCUAGUAGGAAGACAGACAUUAGAAGUGUAUGUUUUACAUUGCAGAGUUAAAAUGACAGGACCACUGCACCCAGACCAUGUAAUUGAGGUUAAGUGUUCUGGAUGAUUUUAGUGUUCUUUUAAGUCCUGAGGUGCAGGGCUUUACUCAUUGGUCAGUAGUGAUCAGCACUGCAGAGCUUAGCUCAGGAUAGCUAACUGAAGCUCAUAAGCAGAAGCAGUGGAGGUAGGAAGCCACACAUGACAGACCCCAGAUAUAAAAAUGAAGCUGUUCUAAAAUAGUUUGACUAUUUAAAAUAAGGGGGUGCGUGGGCACUCAUGGCACCAUAACCACUAUGCACAAAGAGUAAAAUAAAAAAAAAUUGGAUUUCUCAAUCCUUUACAAUGGUAUACUAAAGGCUUACGUUUGCAACAUGACACACACUAUAUGAAACUGCUCUUUUGUUCUCUUUUUAUUUAUUUUUUUACUGACUGGAUUUUCCUCACUUUGAUUUUUAUGUUAUGAAACAUACUUUGUAUUUUCCCUUCCUUCCUCAUUCUUUGUGUUGUGAUCGGUAUGAGUGCGGUUAAACCUUUUGUUCUGCAAUAUUGACUUUGUUCUGUGAUAAUCAGUUUAUCUUAUGUACCAUAGAUAUAUGUAGUAGAUAUACAACUUAUAUGUAAAUAUUAUUUCUUUACAUUGCUCUGUGUGUGCUAACUCCAUUUCCCUGUGAUAGGUACAGAAAUAGAUGGGAAUAUCCCCAAUAAUUAUUCUAUCUCCCUCUUUAGUAAGAAAAAAACCCUCAGCAAAUAAAAACAUACAUGUGAAUGAUCUUAAUAUGGUGAAUAGGUUCCGCCUGUGACCUUGGAAGGUGGCACAAAUGUUGGUGUGAGGUGUAUUCGUGAAAGCCGCAGGGCGAAGCAUGGGUAUCCCUGCAAGCGGAAAGUGGUUUGUGCCAGGUAGACAGUUCUAUGAAAAUACUCAAAAGUGAGCUGUACUGACAUGGUACAUGUCAGGUUCGGGUGGGGCUUCUCUGGCACUGACCUUGGACGCUGAGAAGGCCUUCGACAGGGUCAAGUGGCCGUACCUCUUUGGCCUACUCCGGGCAUGAGGCUUUCUGGAACCCUACAUGGUGGCGAUUUGGGCCCUAUACACAAACUUCAGAGCCCAAACACUGAUAACUGGGGCCCGUCGUACCCCCUUAUCCUCAAAUAACAACACAAGGCAGGGUUGCCCCCUGUCCCCAUUGCUGUUCACUCUCUCCCUGGAGCCACUAUUGCAGUACAUCCGACAGCAUGCACACAUACGACAGUAUGUGUAGAUGGACAACAGUUCAAAACAUCAGCAUAGGCUGAUGACGUCGACCUUACACUCACAGACCUACUCAGCUCCAUGGAGCACUUGACUAAACUGCUAGAUUACUAUGGAGACCUGUCUGGGUAUAAAGUCAACCUGGCUAAAUCCAUGGCAAUGCCCUUCCACCUUUCAGCCCCGGACAUGGCACAGAUCAGAGACACAUAUAAGUUAUGCCUCGCUAACAGCACCCUCCCCUACCUAGGCAUUAAACUUACAGCUGAUCACACACUGUUAUACAACCACAAUUACCUGCCCACGCUCCGCAGCUUGAUCCAGAACCUGGAGAAAUGGACAGAGAAGCCUAUCUUGUGGCUAGGCAGACUUCACUCAGUGAAGAUGAAUAUCCUCUGCAGGUCACGAGAGAGGACUUGGCGGGGUUACAAAAGGCCAUAGACAUAUUCAUCUGGCAGAAUUGCGUGUAAAUUGCUAUACUGACCCAAAAAUAAAGGUGGGCUGGGGUUACCAAACAUGUACUUCUACUACUUAGCCUCACAACUAGCCCAAAUUGUGCACUGGCACUCUCCCCCAGACAACAGGAGCUGGAUAGAUAUCGAAUUACUCCUGAUGGGAGCUGACCUUCCCCAGUUUUUGAUAUGAUUACCCAAGAAGAACAGGGCCUUUAUACACACUACUUGCCCAGCGAUACUAAAUUCGAUCAGAUUAUGGGAGCAGUUCGCAAAAAAGUCCUCUCAGUAAAUUCCCAUCUCCAAUUGCACCUGUACUCCAUAACAGGGCCUUCCCCCCAGGGAUAUGUGCUAGAGACUUUAGAGGGUUUGAGCACACAGGACACCAAAGAAAAAUACACUUGUACGUCGACAAAGCCCCAGUAACGUUCAAUAAGCGCAAGGAGGUCGCCCCACUAUCCAACAGGGACUACUUUAGGUACCUACAAAUACGUGACUUCGCAUCCAAACCAGAGGUGCAAUUUUUUUUUUUUUAGCAAAUGUACUUUCAAGAAAAACAGCCAAAAAGCCUUAUAUCCCUCCUGUACAGCCACCUUAGUGUGGAGGCUAACAAAUGGGGAAACCUCAGAUAUACCGAUCUGUGGGGGCCGACCUGGGCGAGGUACAGGAGGGCACGGAUUGGCAAGACAUACGGGAGGCAUGCGCACAGUCCUCCAUCUGCGUAACCCUCCAAGAGUAAUCGUUCAAAACACUAUUUCGGUGGUGCACCACCCCACUCAAAAAACACCACAUGAAACUUAGCCCCACUGACACCUGCUGGCGAUCCUGUGGUGAAAAAGGAACAUACAUACAUAUGUGGUGGAAAUACCCCACAGUCAGUGUUUUCUGGAAGGGAGUGGUAGAACUAGGUUCUAAAAUAUUACAAAAGACGCUAGAUUUGGACCCAUGGGCAUGCUUAUUAUCCAAGCCUACUGAUGGACUACCUGCCAUGAACAGAAACUACUCAACAUGGUAUACUUAGCAGCCAGACGAGCCCUGGCACAGAAGUGUUUGAACACUGAGCCUCCCUCCCUCUCAUUGGUAGUGGCCAAAAUAAAAGACAACUAUCUUAUGGAAAAGCUGACAUCACAGGUCCGCAACACCAUUGCCACCUCUCAGAGGUUAUGGGACCUGUGGGAGCAAUACACAGAGGAAAUGGGAUUGUAGGUCGUGAGAACAAUUACACAUAGCGACAUACAACAACACCCCCGUGCCAUGGGAUUCUGAGAUUCUACUAUUCUAUCCCUUCCGUUAAUUUCAUUACCUUCCUUACCUUUUGACACAGUGCCAAUGUCAGUGUCUUCUAUAGGGUAUGGUAAGACUGCAGUAUGCAUCCUGCUUCUACGCCAUCUGCUCAUACACCUCACAGACAGGGGAGCUCACUAUACUGCUACUCCGCACCUCACUGACUCUUGGGCUUUGCCACACUACAGCCAUUUAUGGCUAUUGACAUCGGUUCCAAGUGAUUCCAAAUGUCCCUCACCACUUAAUACAUACAAAUACAGUUAGCACUAAAUUGACCGCACCACACUGCCACGUUCAUCCUUGUAAGCGACCAUCUUAAAUGUUUCAUCAGAAAACACUAAUAACAAACCAAAAAUAAAAUGCAAAUUAAUAGAAACUGUGGCAUCGGGAGCCAUGGUACGAAUGAACUUCGGCUGCCACCUACAUUCCCCUCAUAGCGAAGUGCACACACCCUUAAUGGCCAUGCUGCUGGGACUUUUCUUACCUCUUUUUCUACCUUUCUGUUAUACCUUUAUUUUCCCUAUGCUUAAACAAAAUACUUUGACAGUUGGCCCUUGCUUUUCUCACAAAGGGAUACAUGGUCUGGAAUACUGUAAUGAAGGUUCUUUUACAAUCUGAUGCCUGCAAUAUUGUAUUGUACGCUAUAUAUACGUUACUUGUAAGUACCUUCCAACCUCAGUGUAUCCUAUCAUUGAAUACUGUCAUCAUAAGAAUAAAAUAAAUAAAUAAAUAAAUGGUUAGAAAGGAUUGAGUCUACCCUUUGGAUAGAAUUGCAUCCGGGAAAUGGAGAUCCCAGAUGCCUCUAUUACCUGGUCCUCACCCACUUUCUUCUCUUUUGUCUCUGUCUUCACUUCAUUUCUUGCUCUCUAAUUGCAAAACCUAUCGGUUCGUUCCACGUGUUCUCUGUUGUUCUUCCUAUAUUUAGCUCCCUCCUAUCUUGUUCCCUCCCCCUUCCUCUUUAUCUCUCUAGAACUUAUAGAGGUUACUUAUAAUUAAGGUUACAAUAAUUAAUGAUGACAACAUUCCUUUCUACACUAUAAGUCAUUCUUUAUUGCAUUUGACAUUGUAGUAAUGUUUUACAUUGGUUCUUUCCUUGAUUGUUUUGUGUCUCCUGGGGUCAUGCUUUUAGUCUUCUGCUUUUCUGACCUUGGUGAGAUUGUCAUUUUUCCGUGAUCAUCUCAAUAUAAAUUACUUUUAAGAAAAAAAUAAUUGGUUAGAAUUGAAAAGAAAAUAAUAAUUUAAAGCAUAGCUGUGAUCUCAGAGACUUCACAAAAUAAUUCUGGGACCUCAAAAGUUCAGAAAUAUGCAUUGUUAAGUGAUUUAUUGGAAAAGAAAUACUUUUCACCUUAAAUAAAUUUACAUUAAAUGAACAGUGAACGCUACUCCCGAUGGACGCAUGAAUUGGAAUAUAACUUGAUUUAUGCCAGUGUAAUAUGAAUAUUGGCGUUAUCUUUUAAAAUGUUACCUAGUAAGUAACUCUCUCCCUUCCUGUGAUUGGUUUCCUGGGAAGGAAGGGGGGCGCUCAUGGGAUCAGAUUGGUAAAAGGAAAGCUAGUGAAAGACUGGUGUUUCUAUUUGAGAUGCUGCUGAAGACUAGCUUGGGUUUUGAUAAAGCUUUAUUCAGGACCAACAUUCUCAAAUUAGAGCAAGCACCUUGGCAUACCAAUGGAAUUUCCCUGAUGAUUUUUCCAAUUUUAGAACCUUGCCCAAGAAGGGGAUCUUUAUGAGUUACUUUCAAUAUAAAUACUGGAUAGUUAAUAACGCAAUCUUUUUGAUCUCAUUGCAUAUUUCUUCUGAAGUUACUAGGGGAUUAAACGUUAUCACUUUUAUUAGUCAUAUUCGUCAUACUUAUUUAUUUAUAAACAAAAUAGUUUCAUUGGCAACUAUAGUACAGAGUAAGGUCUAUUGAUUUGGGGAAAGGAGAGGAGAUGGCUGUCAUAAUGGAGGAAGGAGAUCUCUGUCAAUAUGGAUGGAGAAGUGAGGGCUGUCAUGAGGGAGAGAGGUAAAUUGAAGCACCGCAAGUGAACUAGCUAAGUAUGCUUGUCGUCAUCACGUAGUCCGCGCUGACAAGACACAUGAUGUUUGCACAGAAUUGACAGUAGGCACCCCAUAAGUCACAUAUGCGGGAGUACAACUAGCCCAUGGCACAAAGGGGCAGAUAUCUCAGUAUGUGCAGUGUUUGAAGCCGAAACUAUGCAUAUACAGAUUCCUUGCUUCAUGAUAACUUAUAAAAGCAGAAGUAGUCAUGGAGGUUGGAGUAACUAUUUAAGCAGUUAUAGUAAGUAUAUGGAUAGUGGUGUUAUAAGUGUCGGGAGUGCAGGAUAGAGAAAUAAGAUAAGAAAAAUAGGAUGUACAUAGAGUCCAAUAUUAGGACCAUGAGAUAUGUACAACAUUACAAGGAGUGUAUAAAAAAGACAAGUGGAACCCAGUCUUCGUGGGUCCAGACUCUGUAAAAAUGACUUUGAAGUGUCUAUAAGGGCAGUAAAUGUAUGUCUGCUUGCCAUGCCAUCGAUUUUAUGUAUAUCUGUAAAGAGAGAUGUUGAUUAGGACGAUUUUCACAGUUCUGCUAUCUUUCUGUGGGCUGUUGGGUUAAUUAUAGUGAUUAGCUUGUUUUGGUGAGCUUUACAGGUUUGUGCUGGACUUAGAUUAGCUUAACGAUAGAGAUCUGAGAAUCAGAUUUAGACAGGAUCUGAGGCAACAGCAGUCUAGUCCUGUCUCACAAGAAAUGUACAGAUGUAAUAAAUAUUGCUCUAUAUAUGGGGGCAGGUCCACCAAAGGUGAUAGAGUAUUGUUUUUCUCUAAGCGCCCAACUAAGAUCAAACUGAGUAUACGUUUGAGUAGACAGGGAGUAUGGUAUACGUUUCAGGGUGUAAAAUACCAAAAACAAAUGCAGGCAAAAAGAGAACAAAUAAUGUCCCAGAUAUAUCUCUAGACAUCAAAAUCAGUAGUGUGAGGAUGAUCACAGUCUUUUUCUGCAAUUACAUUUCUAACAUUCAGGAUGGACAAUAUGGAAUGUGGAAAGAGAUGGAAUCUAGGUAUGCAUGCGCAGCUUAUCUAACACGAAAAUGUUCCCACCAUUCCUUCAUAUACAGCUCAUUUACCCAGUGUUGGGAAACCAUGUAUAUGGAGUAUCGGCCAAUAAAUAACUUUACACGCACCACACAUUAUCUAAGCGUGUACGUCCAAAAUUAAUAUCUAUUUUACUGGGGUUUCUUUACAAAACACCAUUGCUGAUGCAGAAUCAGGGGACAUAUACAACAAGUAAAAAGUAUAAUGUGAUUUACACAAUACAACACAUGCAGUGCUUCAUAGAUUUAAAUCUUUUAUUAAAAUAAUCUUAGAUUUUAUCUACUGAUUUUAAUUCCACUGCAUGAUGGUGAAUAUGGUAUGGAUAAAACUGCAAGCCUAUUAAUAGAAAAUUAGCAAAUUCUAAAUUGUUAAAAAAUAAAAAAAAGAAGAAAGUUAUAACAUAUGGACAGUUUUUUGUUCUUCAUUAAAUGUGUUGACAGAUUGUUUGCCUCUCUAUUUAGAUGUGGCUGUUGCAAAUACGAUGGUUGCAUGGCUACAUCCUGGAAAGUCAUAACACAGGUGUGGUAGAUGCAAGUGAAGGCUUUAAAUUGUAAUGUCACCUUGAAAAGAACAAAGCGUAUUUACAUAUUCACAGCCAGCAAGGAUAAACAUGAAACCAGAGACAGCUAUCGGUCAUGGCAGCAUUACUGAAAAAGUUGGUGCUUUUAAAAACAAACAUACAAUAAUGAAUGCAUUCUGUGUGUGUAUUGUAAAUCACAGCUUUGUUUAGUAGAUGCGAAAUGCUGGAAAGUAAACAUUUAUUCCAAGUUGCUAAUUUGGAAAAUUUAUCCAAAUUACAUUUUUGGUUUGAAAUUUGAGAUUCAGUUUGAAAUCCUGAAGAUUCUCCCCAGGCAGUGUUUCUAAGCCCUAGGGAUUCAUAACUGCAAUAUUUAUACAGCGACUGUAAUUACAGCUAUUCUGGAAGCUUUGUAUUCUUUCUGUCUGACAGGAAGAUAUUUGGUUUUGACUGUUGAUAGUGUAAUAAAAGACACGUUUAUUAUAAAUAGUAUUUUGUGUUUUAUUUUUUAAUUAUUAUUAUUUUUUUAACCAAUGCCAAAAGGUAGAACAGAAUAUUCUAAGUCCCUUUUUUUAAACUUGUAUAGCUAAGCCUUGAUAUCUGUACAUUUCCUAGUGGAGUGUGUUGGUGAGUGAUGUGUAAGCCUAGAGAAAUUCAAUAAUCCCCAUCCUGUCAUGUCUAUUUGAAAUCACUGUCUUCAGUCGUACUACACUGUGCAUUCAUUUGGCAAAUUAAAGAGGAUUUUUGAAGUAGAUAUAGUUAGAAAUAUAGGUCAAAGUAAUGGUGAACUCUCAAUGCUAUAGUUGCAUACGGCACCUUCAGUACAUUACAUACAUUAAUACUUAGAAUGGAGAUAUUAGGUAUUGAUUUGUAACAACAAAACUACAAAGGGAUACUUACUGGGUUAUUAAAUAAAGUAUGAAUUUAAAGUGACUUUCAAAUUUCAGGCCAGAGAAGCCGACCUGAAAGCAGAAUUUUUCAGUUUAGACUAUUUUGACGUAAAAUUUGAAAUUCUAAUUUUAGUGAAUAACCCUGGUAGGCUUAAAACAUAUACUUCAUUACAAAAUGAUUUGCUAAGCAAUAAUAACCUACAUACUCAUUAUGCUAGAUUAUUUCUUGUUUUAUAAAUAGAUAUAUAUAUAUAUAUAUAUAUUAAGGCCUUUUGGCCUGUAAUUGUGGGAGGGGCGUAUGACACACCCCUUCCCUACUUAAGGGACACCCCUUACCUGUCCGUUCGAGGUCAGCGCUGCAUCACCCUCCCACCACUCAUCAUUAUUAACUCCCUUUUCUAUACAUUUCUUCUUGGUGGGCCCUCUUUAUUUACAGGCCUACCUCAUUGUCGGUUCCGGCACACCACAACCGACUUGCUCUUUUAAUACCAUCCUACACUUAUCAGUGUUUGUUUCUUCUGUACUAUCAUGAACCCUUAACACAAAUAAAUAUAUAUAUAUAUUGUAAUAUUUAUUUUGUAAUACUUCUUUAAUUGGAACUCAACUGCAGAAUUUCCUGGUUGCAGCAACAAUAAGUUUCACCUCCUUUUAUAUUGAUAUGAAACAAUGGUCACUGUACCUUUAAAUACACAUGAAGGAAAAUUAGGCUUUGUAGCAAUCCCUUAUGAAUAAGAGGAAUAAUUAGACAAAGUGACACUUUAGUGAGUUUUAGAUACUGUGUAACAUAAAUAAUAGGAAUUGGCUUGUUUGGUAAAAGUAUUACUUAACUUAAAGGCAGUUCUGGCACUGGAAGGGUUAAUUCACCCAAUGAAGGAGAAAUUAGAAGUCCGUUUCAACAAGCUGAGAACUAGGAGUGGAGAGUGGGGAAGUCCGUUUUAACAAGCCGAGGUCUGGGAGUGGAGAAGGUAGAAUUCAGAGUUACAAGCCGAGGUCUAGGAGUGGAGAAGGUAGAAAUCCGUUACAAGCCGAGGUCGAGAAGUGGAGAAGGUAGAAAUCCGUUUACAAGCCGAGGUCGAGAAGUGGAGAAGGUAGAAAUCCGUUUUACUAGCCGAGGUCUAGAAGUGGAGCAGGUAGGAUCAAAAGUAGAGCAGCUGAUCUUUCUGCAGCACCUGUGCGAAUAAUCCAGCCCUUUGAAUCUGGCGCGGUCUUCCUAAGUAUCGUGGAGGGACCGCGUCAGAAAAAAGGGCGGGGCUGAGCGCCGUGAACCCGGAAGUGGGUUCCGGCGACGAAAUACAUGCCAUGCUAUACCUGACAUAUAUAUAUAUAUUAUAUAGAGUACAAGGGAGACUGCUCAUUGCCCUGAUUAAAUAAGCACCCUUAUUCUAGGAAGCCACAUGCUUUAGUUUAUAGGAAGGACUCCUCAUGUUUUGUAACAUGAUUAGCUGUUCUGGAUACAGUAUCUGGAUGACAAUGCAACACGUUUUUAUCCUUCAUCUGGGAGCCUCCAUCUUAGCUCCCUGUCAAUUUUUAGUGUUUUUUUCUGUCAUUUGUCCCUGGUAGUCAGCAUACUAUUAUUUCUAUUGUAGCUGCAAUAUAGUCCCCAUCAUUUUACAAGGACUGGAUACUAGGGGAGAGUCUUUUGGCACGAGGUAGGGAAUUCCAUAGGAGUAGGACAGCCCUGUGAAAAAUCCUGUGAUGAGAGUUAGCAGUCCGGGAACAAGUGAUGACAGGAGAAAGUAAGACCUGAGUGUAAAAUGAUGCCAAGAUAGCGAGCUUGAGGGGCUGGGGUAAUAGGUGUCCCAUUGAUACACAGGGAGAUAGCUGGAGUUAGACUAUUUGAGGGGGCAAACAUGAGGAGUUCAGUUUUAGAAAGAUUUAGUUUUAGAAAACGGGAAGACAGGUGUGGAAGAGGCAGUUUGUCAUGACAUGUUCAAGGAGGGCAGGAGAGAUAAAUCUGAGUAACGUCAUCAUAGAGAUGCUAUCGAAAUUUAAAAGAGUUACUAUGGUUACCAAGAUAGGUGGUGUAAAUGGAGACUUAAAGAGGAACAAGUGCUAAGCCUUGAGCGUAGUAUAGAAAAAAAACAUACAGAAAAGAAGAGAAAUUAGACAAUAAUUCUAUUUCAUCUCCUCAUUUGUAAUAUUUUCCCUGGUUUUUGCCUAGAUUAUGAUGUCAUUUGCAUUUGCGUUAAUAUAAAUUUAAACGAAAACAGAGCAUCUCAUGAAAAUAAGGUUAAUGCAAGUUCUAGGUGAUUUUCAAUGUUCUAUUCAAUGGAAAAAAUUUAAGUGAUAGAUCUCCUUUAAGCACAUCUCUCAGUAUAUUUUGUGCUUUGGUAAAGUUGCAAAUUUCUGCUCUUGAAACAUUUUGACAACAAAUAAAGCAGAUUAUUUGUAUCAAACAUCCUAUAUGCUGGAUUACAUUUUGUUUAUGGGCUUUGCUAUUACCAAAAUGUAUUUCCUUGGUACGCAAACUCUUUGCUUGUGCUUGGUGUUCUGUUUUAGUGUUGUCUAUUUUUAAGGUCUCAUACUGGGUUAUUGACUAGAUUCUGAAUUGUAGUGAACCUAUUUCAGAAUGGCAAAAUAUAGGCUGAUCUAGCAACGCUUUGACUAUUGUGAAGUUGGAGAAUUGUCUCCAAACCAAUUUCAAUUCCAAGUAAUUUCACUUCAAUUCAGAGUUUACAGAAAAACAUAAAAGGUUUUGGAUGCACUGAAUAAGGAUGGAGAGUCACUUUAACAUCUUAAAAUUGUUCAAUACAUUUUUUUUUUACAGAAUAAAAAUAUGUGGUGAACUAGGAACUGCUUUAAAUUGACAAUGUUAUACUAUAAUACCAGAAAUGUUUGUAGCCUAUUAGAGUCAUCUUUUUGCACAUUAUUUCAAUCCCUUAAAGACCAUUAAAAAUUGUGAGAUAUUGCAGAGCAUUGAAGAGCAGCUCCUGAGUUUCUCUGCUAAGAUAUUUACCUUGCAUCAGGAGCUGGGGUAAAUUGCUGUGCUUGUACCACACCUGAAUCCAAUCCCUAGGAUCCAUGCAUGACAGCCCUUGCAAUUGAGGUCUUCCCAGGCAGUGAGUUGGGUAGAUGGCCGCCGCCGUGCUCUCAUCCUCCAGCACACUAUAAUUUCCCCUUCCCUUUUGGACUGGCAGAGGUCAUUCAAGUCCACCCUGGAGCCUUUUAAUCUACUGACAUCUCUGGUGUUCAGCAUACAACUAAGAUGGUGCUGAGUCCUUGCCAGUUUCAGUGUUGAUACGAGACAAGUUGCCCUUAGUUAUGGCAACUUUUCUCAAUGCCUUUGAUGCCCUGUGUGAUUGAUUUUUAAAAAUCGCUGGACUAAGCCAGUGAUUCUGGUCUGAGACAUUUCCAUGCUCACCCAUGGAGCAUACUGACCAUGAGGCCUGAUCUCAGACUCUUAAAUUGCCACGGCUCUUCCUCACUUACCUAGGCUGAAGACCCCCCACGCUGAGCCACACCUGUUUCUGGCAGGCUACAGAUCUUUGCCUGAAUAUUUCAUAUGACUUCUCCGAAUUGGCCCUCUGGGUGCAGAUAUCUACCUGGCUGAAGUUAUUAGGCAUCGGUUGCUCUUUAUAUCUUAGAGACAACGUAAGGCGAUUUCUAGCAUCCCUUGGCACUUCGGCUUGCCUAAUGGGCUUGUGAGGUGGGCUGUCCGCUUGCUCUCUGAUAGAGGAUUCGGUUGGAAGCCCAUAAGCUGAUGGACUGCACCUUUACAUCCCGGAGAGUUGAUUGUUUGUCAUACAGGACUAGUGUAGAGGAGCUAACGUCCACAGUUGUUUUAUUUUAUUUUGCUAUUUCAUUGUUUAUUCUCUUUUCUUUUAUAUAUCUGCUGUUUUUGCAUCACAGGUUUAAAGGACCACUAUAGGCACCCAGACCACUUCAGCUUAAUGAAGUGGUCUGGGUGCCAGGUCCAUCUAGGAUUAACCCUUUCUGCUGUAAACAUAGCAGUUUCAGAGAAACUGCUAUGUUUACAAAUGGGUUAAUCCAGCCUCUAAUGGCUGUCUCAUUGACAGCCGCUAGAGGCGCUUCCGCGCUUCUCACUGUGAUUUUCACAGUGAGAAGAUGCCAGCGUCCAUAGGAAAGCAUUGAGAAGGCUUUCCUAUGGACUGGCUGAAUGCGCGUGCGGCUCUUGCCACGCAUGCGCAUUCAGCUGAUGACGGCGAAAAGGAGGAGGAGAGUUCCCCGCGCUGAGGGAGCCUGGCGGGGGAAAACAGGUAAGAUUUAACCCCUUCCUCACCCUAGAGCCCGGCGGGAGGGGAGCCCUGAGGGUGGGGGGGACCUAGAGACCCUAUUGUGCCAGGAAAACGAGUAUGUUUUCCUGGCACUAUAGUGGUCCUUUAACGGGACACUAUAGUCACCAGAACAACUACAGCUUUUUGAAUUUGUUCUGGUGAGUAGAAUCAUUACCUUCAGGCUUUUUGCUGUAAACACUGUCUUUUCAGAGAAAAUGCAGUGUUUACAUUACAGCCUAGUGAUAACUUCACUGGUCAGUCCUUAGAUAGCUGUUAGAGAUCCUUCCUGGGUCAUGGCUGCCUAAAAUGCAUCCAAACAUUCAGUAUCUCCUCCCUCUGCAUGUAGACACUGAACUUUCCUCAUUGAUUCAAUUCAUCUCUAUGAGGAGAUGCUGAUUGGCCAGGGCUGUGUUUGAAUCAUGCUGGCUCUGACCCUGAUCUGCCUCUUUGUCAGUCUCAGCCAAUCCUAUGGGGAAGCAUUGCGAUUUGAUCAGACUAUCACUUCUGAUAAUGUCAGCAUUCAGACUAUCACUUCUGAUAAUGCUUGUUUUUUGUUUGUUUUUUUGAGGCAAACAGCAUGCAGAAUUACAGCUUCUGGCUUGAAUAUAGUAAGAUUUUGCUAUAUUUAUACAGGCAUGAGGGGCUCAGGGGGGCUAGAUGGUGGUUUUAACACUAUAGGGUCAGGAAUACAUGUUUGUGUUCCUGUCCCUAUAGUGAUCCUUUAACAGCUGCUCCAGUGGUUUUGCAAAAGUCUUCUCCAAUUAUAGAUCGUGUUGUUCCUAUCCAAAAACCGCUCACAUAUACAUCAUGUUUUUCUAUAUUUUUGCUUGUAUGUUAUUAUUACACGUGUUGAUAAAUUUUCAGUUUGACUUGUAAUGUAAGCAUAUAAGAAUAAAAAGUAAAAAAAAAAAAACCAAAAAAAAAAAAGAUUUUGUAAUUUCUAACAUCAUAGAUCUAUGCUUCUAGCUAUACAUAUUUACUACUUUCAAUCUGUCUAGGUAUGUAUAAUUUUUCAGACCUUCCAAUAGUUUAGUAGAGUUUUAAAUUCUUUACAUUUUUCUUUUGUGCAUUUAUGUCUUUAUGAUGAUUAGAUGAUAAAAAGAAAUGAAAUAUUCUAGGCACAUAUAAUGUACCCAAAGGUACAGCUGCAUCUUCAUCAUAUAGCUAUAUUUCCAUAUAAACUAAAGUCAUUUUUGAGAUAGCCCCUAAAUCGCUUUCAUCUUCCAUUAAAAUGAAGUUGGAUGUGAGCCGGAAAUAAUUUUGUUGUCCAUGAUUGUCCAACAUCUUCUAUAGUAGUGCUCCUCAAUUGUUAGGCCACAUCCCCUGUAAUCAGUUCCCAAAGGAUGUGAUCCAUUGUAGCGCCAUCCCUGCUAUAGGAAGGAUGUGGAGUCUAAAAUAUAUUCCUUGUCAGUCAUACUGGGCAAAUGCUAAAAAGGUUUGGAGAAGGCAAUAGAAACAGUAGAGUAAAUUAAAUAAAGUGGGGUGAAUAUAGACUUUCUGAUAAACAAACAACAUGCAAGGGCAGAAUGAGUUGUUAAAGGGCCACUAUAGGCACCCAGACCAGUUCAUCUUAUUGUGAUGUAGUGUCUCUGUCCUCUUCACUGUACAGUGUUCGUUAUUGCAGUUCCUGAGAAACUGCAAUCAUGGCCUUGCAGGGUUAAGACUGCCUCUAGAGGCUGUCAAUCAGAGGCACUUUUGGUCACCUAACUGAUGCUGGACAUCCACACGCUCUGCAUGAGUACAUCCAAUGUCUGUAAAAUCCCCAUACGAAAGCAUUGCAACAAUACUUUCCUAUGGGGAGGGCCUAAAUAGGUCUGUGAUUACUAUGGACUGCCCCCUACCCCCAGAUUUUUUUGUGGUUAGUACAAUGAUGUUGAAAAUGAUGAGGUUGAUACAAAAAUGAGUGAGAACACUAUGGGACAGGGGAUGGGGGGAGAACACUAUGGGACAGGUGACAGGGGGGUAGAACACUAUGGGACAGGUGAAGGGGGGGAGAUCACUAUGGGACAGGUAUCGGGGGUGAACACUAUGGGACAGGUGACGGGGAGAUCACCAUGGGGACAGGGAAGGAACACUAUGGGACAGGAGUGGGGACUAUGGGCAGGGGAGGGGCAGGAACACUGUGGGACGGGAGGGGAGAACACUGUGGGUCAAAGGAGGGGGAGAACACCGCGGGGACACGGGAGGGGGGGGGAGAACCUGUGGGACAAGGGAGGGGGGAGAGAACACUAAGGACAGGAGGGGGGGGAGAACACCAUCAUGGGAGGGGAAGAAACACCAUGGGACAGGAGGGGGGGGAGAACACUAUGGGACAGGGGAGGGGGAGAACACCCAGGACACGGGAGGGGGGGAGAACACUAUGGGAUGGGAGGGGGGAGGACACUAUGGGACAGGGGAGGGUGGAGAAAACACAUGGGGACAGGGGAGGGUGGAGAAAAAACACUCAUGGGACAGGAGGGUGGAGAAACACCAGGAAUAGGAGAGAAAAACACUAUGGGACAGGGGAGGUGGAGAAACACUACAUGGGACAGGGGAGGGUGGAGAAAACACUAUGGGACAGGGGAGGGUGGAGAGCACCAUGGGACAGGAGGGUUGGAGAAAACAAUUAUGGGACAGGGGAGAGAAAAACACUAUGGGACAGGGGAGGUGGGAGAAAACACCAUGGGACAGGAGGGUGGGAGAAAACAAUUAUGGGACAGGGGAGGGUGAAAACCACCUAAGGGACAGGGGAGGGUGGAGAAAACACUAUGGGACAGUGAGGAAACACUAUGGGACAGGGGAGGUGGAGAAAAACACUAUGGGACAGGGGAGGAGGAGAAAAACACCAUGGACAGGGAGGGAGAAUAAAACAAUGUGGGACCGGCAGGGGGGACACUAUGGGACCGGGGAGGAGGGGGAAAGAACACUAGAAAAGAGGGAGGGGAGACGAACAUUAAGCAGGGGGACCACUAAAAGAGAAGGGAAGUCUUUCAUAUUAGAUUAAUGAAAUUAAUGAAAAAGUGUAAUAUUACAAAAAUUUUGGUAAAAAAAAGUUUUUAAAAUCAUUUGAGGAAAAAAGUCAUUUUCGGUUUUCAGGCCAAGGGCAUCUUGAAUUUUCGGUUUCGGUGCAUGCCUAGUCUGUGCUUGUAGCCGUACUGUCACAGAAGCAUGUAUUCCUGGAAAUCAUCCUCUCUUUUAUAUAAAUGGCUAUUUGUAGGUCAUGAAUUAAUUAAAUUUCUAAGAUUAGUCACACACCCUAAUUCAAUUUUGUCUGUUUGAAAUGUGGGUACGUGUGUAGAUAGGUCAUAUUGUGUAUUGUAUUGUGUAUGUUUACAGUUGCAUCAUUCUGCAUUGACACAGCAUAACAGUGUAUUAACAGUCACUUAAUCUCAAGUUCAUCUCUUAAUAGUUUUUCACACUGGUGAUUUAUGGUGAUAAGGUUACCACAGGGUAAGGUGGAGACAGCAUGAGUCUUUAUAAUGCUGUAUUGCAAACAAAGUGUGAUUUGUUAAGGCCUUGAUUUGUUAAUGAUUGUAUGAAUACUGGAGUCCAGCUGAUUUUAGGAGAAUUUUUGUACAACUUCCCAUUGUCAGUGACAAAAUGAAACAAUGGAUGAAAAUUGACGUCCUAUUUUAAAUGUAUUAACUAGAUAAAGCAUCUAAAAUAUGAAAUUGAAAGAUACUUCCCUUCAAAGUUUCCGGUAGUUGUGCGUUUUAGCAAGGCUGCUUACAGCUACUAAAAGAACUCUCCCACGCCAAGAAGAGACCAUUCCAGUUAGGAGCGUCCCAGUCUGUUGUGUAAGGUCCUGCAGUUUAUCUAUAAUUAUCUAUAAGCUUAUAUUUGUAAAUUACAUUUCCUAUCAUGCACAGCUGACUUUGGAAACAACAAGAUGAGGACACACACAAGGAUUUAGAUUGGUAGUAAUGGCUGGUGACUAAGCACACGGUGAAGCAUUCCCAACAAGAGUAAAUGUCCCCUUGUUUCUAUAGGGCUCUGCAAAGCACAAGACACACCUGUCAGAAAAAUAAUCACAGCAACUACAACACAUGCACUGUAGUUGCUGUGACAGAAAAAGCAGGAAAACUGCCUGUAUGAUGGUUCUCUCCUUUGUCAUUCAAACAUUAGCACAGUUACCCUCCAUGCCGUGAAUUGAAUAGCAAGAGAGAGGAGAACCAUAUAUUUAAUUUAAAACAAUCAGUGUUUACUAUGCUGAGUACAUUUUAAAUAAUAACUGUUUGAAAUAACAAAAUGUAUAUAUAAAUAGUUGCUAGGUAAAUCUGAAGGAUCUGGAGAUAAACUGAAUAUUUUUGAGAAUGCCGCAGUAAAAAUGAUUAGUAUUGCGUGACAUGUUCUGCCAGGUAAACGUGUUUUUCUUUAUUUUUUUUUCCAGUGCUCUACUCAGAGAGAGAGUUCCACAAUGCUGCAAAAACCAACAAUGUGGAGAAGAUGCGGCAGCUGAUCCAGAAAGGAGUGGAUGUUAGGGCCAAGAACAGUGUAGGUACAGUAUUAUUUCUGGAUACAUUGGUAUGGUCAAGCUUUGCAAAGUCUUGAUAUUAGGUUUAACACCAAGACCUGGCUUUAAAUUCCCAUCAAAUUGGUAACAUAAAUGUUUGGAUCAGGAUGUAAAAUCUGACCCCUACAUUUGUUUUCAGUCAUACAAGUCCAUGUAAGUAGCCUUCAAACAUGUGUAGGCUACUUGUGAGGUUCAGUGUGUGGAAUGCUGCUUGCGAUGUUGUGUUCCUGUAUGCCAACGUGUUGUGUUAGAAUUGUCUGUCUUCUUUUACCUAUAAUAUUAUAAUAUAUAAUAUUAUUAUAUAAUAUUAAUAUUCUGGUGCUUGCUUACAAGUCCCUACACAAUGCUGCUCCAACCUACCUAUCCUCCCUAAUACACAAAUAUGUCCCGUUGAGGCCCCUGCGUUCUGCCGAAUACCUACAUCUAUCCUCUAUAUGUACUCCAAGACUUCUCCAGGGCUGCACCUUUUCUGUGGAACUCAAUUCCCUUCUCUGUUAGACUUUCACCCAAUCUCCACUCCUUCAAAAAAUCUUUGAAAUCACACUUCUUCAGGAAAGCAUAUCAUUUAAAUUGUUAGCGGGUUUUCAUCCCACCCUACCCCCCCUCUCCCCAUUACUCCUCAGCCCAUUACUCCUCACCUGCAACUGUCAAAAAUAACCUACUAAGUUCUCAGUGAUUACUUUUCUAGCAACCCAUUUCAUUACCCCUACUUAUAUCCUUUGUGUCACUAUACCCCACUUCCUCUAGCAUGUAAGCUUAUUGAGCAGGGCCAUCAUCCCCUCUGUUCCUGUGCGUCCAUUUGUCUGGUUACAACUGCUUGUGUCUGUUAGUCCACCCAUUAUACAGCGCUACGGAAUUUGCUGGCGCAUUAUAUAUAAUAAAAUAAUAAUAAUAAUAUUAAUAAUAACCGCUCCAUGAGUGUUUCUUAAGACUGGGAGGACUUACAAGGCUUCCUCGUUUGGGUUACACUGAAACAGUGAGUUAUAAUAUAAAGCUAGCCUGAGGUUGUUGGACUCUGCCUUUAUCCUAUAAAGUUUGUUUUAUUGGUCCCCUGGGAAUUAAAUACCAUUGCAGCUACAGUAGCUGAUUAGGACAGACUGUUACUUUGCUGCCUGCAACAUUUUUUUAUUUUUUUUUUUGCUUUCAUGGCGUUUUACCUAAUAUUGGCAUUACUGGGCUGUCAGGUAUAGGAAUACUAGAUUAACCGUGUGAUGUGAUGGGAUGUUGCUGAAUUGACUGAUUGGGGACUAUACUCGUUUUAGAAUUAUUGUUGCCAAUCGCUACUUGCUGCUAUUUUGUUUCGCUUUAAGACAUUCUACUACAGCAUUUUAAACACAAUAUCUACUGGAAGCAGCCACUACUAUCUUCUUAUUGCAUUUAUGUAUUGAAUAAGUGAUAUAUAUGAUUUAAAUCUGACAUUUUGUAUUUAUAUCACUAUUAUUUCGUGCCAACUGUUUAUAUCUUUAGUUUACUGUAUAUUGACUCGCUUCCCGGAGUGGCUGCUUAGUAGACAGUAGCUUAUAUUUAGGUUUUCAAAUCUAUUUAUUAUAGAUUGAGCACACUCUAUACUGUGUAGUGUUUUCUUUUAUAAACAUGUGAAAAUAAACUGUUAUCUGUACGCAUGUGGGGAGUUAUUUGGAGUCUCUGUGUACAGAUAAGUUGGUAUCUCAGCGUACAUAUGGAGGAACAAUAAUACUACAAAAUAGGAAGAUACGCAAAGUGCGUUUGUGAAGUCACUACAAUAGUAAUUAAGAAUAUACUUCCCCUCAGAUUUCCAUCUGGAGUAUCAAUAUACAACCCCUUUUUGAUACACUUUAUCAAGAUUCUGGAAUAACAUAUACACAUUGAAAACAGAACACAGUAAAAAUCAUAGCAUAUAAUGCACAAAAUAACAGUCAAGUGAUUAAGCCCACACACAUAACAUCGAGUGAAACAACCUCUGUGACUUCACAUAGGCACUUUGCACACCUCACUUUAUUAUUAUUAUUAUUAUUAUUAUUAUUAUACUUUCUGGAUGAUUAUGUGAGGAGCAGUAUGCACACUUUCUAAGGAAAGUAACUAUGUAAAAAAGUAAAUGUAACUAUGGAAGCCUUUAGCACUUAAGCUGGGAUCUUUGAAAAUGUGGAGAUAAGAUGGUAUCUCUGUGAAAAUGUGGAGAUAAGAUGGUAUAUCUGUAAAAAUGUGGAGAUAAUAUAGCAUCUCUGUAAAAAUGUGACGAUAAGCUGGUAUCUCUGUGAAAAUGUACAGUGUGGAGGUAAGAUGUUAUCUCUGUGUAGGUGUGAAAGUAAGCUGGUAUAUGUGCAUUUGUGGAGGUAAGGUGGUAUGUGUAGAUGUGAAGGUAAGCUGGUAUCUCUGUUUAGGUGUGGAAGUAAGGUGCUAUAUGUGUAUAUGUGGAGGUAAGGUGCUAUCUGUGUACAUGUGGAGGUAAGGUGGUAUCUGUGUAUAUGUGGAGGUAAGCAGGUAUAUCUCCUUGUCAUGUGGCAGUAAGCUGGUAUCUUUCAUGUAGAGGUAAGUUUGUACCUCUGUAUACAUGUGAGGGUAAGUUGGUAUUUUAGUGUGUAUUGGAGAGGUAAGUUGAUUUCUGUAUGUGCUCUGUGACUGUUCUCCUUGAAGACACUGAAUCAUGCACUCUCGUUAUAUUUUCCCUUUUCCUUCAGGUAGACAGGACAGCCUUACAUUGGGCCGCCGGAGCUGGGCAGGAGCAGGUGGUGAGGCUGCUGCUGGAACAUGAUGUACCUUUGGACGAGGAGGACAGUGUAUGUGUUUCACUUUCAAGGUGACAUGUCAUGCUUCUCAUAUUGCCUAUACCGUUCUAGUUUAGAGCCACCUCCAUUUUAUUUAUUAAAAAGCUUAUGAACAAUCUCAAAAUGGAGAGACCAAAAACUUCUCUGGUUCUGUACUUAUUUUCUCGCUGAGAACAAUUGCUGUGUAGUGCAAUCUUGCCAUCAAUGAGAGGUAGUGAUGUUAAUGGUAACUAUUACCACCACUGGAAAAUCUUUGACAGUGUAGAAGUUGCCCAUAGCCUUACCACACAUCUGGUCUUGGAGAACUGUGUCUAAUAAAAUAAAAUAAAAAAACACACCCCUAAACUUUCUGAGGGGUACUUAAAAUGACAUUUAGAUUUCUUCUAGAAACAAAACAUAUGUUAUUUAUGAAGCUUGAUGUGCCCUUAAUUGAGUGUCUCCAAGUCUAAAGGUUUUUCUUAAUCGUAGUAAUUGUUCUCCAGGCGCUCACACUUUAUUGCUUGCCUUUAAGAUAAUUACUGAGCUGAAGGAAAAGAGAGAUGGAUAGCAUUGAUUUUCUUACUCUAUGGGGUAACCUUUAAGUGGCCUACUUGAGUUAUGAACUACCCAUCACAAUGAAAAUGACCUAAAUGGUUCAGGAAUAAACAUUGAUACAACCAUCUGAUAAAAUACUUCAUCCAAAGUGGAUCUUUGAUUCGAGAUUACUGCAUUUCCUAGUUGUAAAUAGCACGAUUCUGUCAUUUCCUGGUACAGGUCUACCAUAAUGGUCAAUUCCAUUAUCUAUGUGCUGUGAGCCUCUGGAUUUUUCAGCUUGCAUAUUUAGGGAACUGAUUUCAUUAAAAAUAAACUUAUACAUAUAGAUAUAUAAAUAUAUAUUAUUUAUUAUAUAUUAAGCAUAGUUUUAUCCAAUUAUAUGCUAUAAUACAGCUAUACCUAAUUGAACAUGAAUAGAAACAAAUAUAAAGGUUUAUUAAAAAAUAGCACAUCCCACUUUUAGUAAGAAACUGGAUUCUGCACAUUCCAGUGACAGUUGUUUUGUACGAUAGUAUGUGAGGUAAGCUACUUUCCAUGCAACAUUUAUAACGUUUCAUGACUUCCUAAAGUACAGAGGAGAUUCCCUGUCCACAAAUGUCCAAUGUUCCAGAGUACAAAUGCUAAACACACUACCUGCCACAUAUCAAUUGAUGAUACUAAAAAAAAAAAAGCAAGUACUAAACCACACUAGUAACUGUAAAUGUUUAAACACCGUUAUUUUUACUAGACUUCAUUUACCAAGAAAUCAGAGGUAAGUUUAAAACACUAUACAAGCACAAUGUUUCUGUUUUUAUGUAUAUAAUUUCUUCUUUAUGUAAUGUCACUGUGCAGUAGACAUGUCUCGGACCUGCCCUUGAGUUAUAGUUUGCAAUAUGGCCGCUGAUGCUGUUAUGCAAUCAUAUAGAUCAGUAUGUGAAUUAAAUUGUUUUAAUCUGUCUUUAGUUUGGGAUGAAUGCACUCCUCCUGGCAGCAUGGUUUGGACACCUUCGGGUACUGCAGAUACUUGUCAAUGCAGGAGCCAAGAUCAGCUGUCAAAACAAGGUAAUGUUUGUUCUGCAAAAUUCUUAAGCGAUCUUUUUUAAUUUUAGUAGAAUCAGAGGUUAAAAAAAACAGGGUUCGGUUUAGCCCCUCUUUUAAUACACUGUGGAGAAAGGGCCCUACAAAAUGCAAACAAAUAAAAACAAACUUAUUCAUUCUGGCGAGUCUGCACUGAUAUUUAUUGAUAUCAGGAAGUAGCUAAAAUCUUUUACAAUCCUUAUUCUCCUAUAGAUUUCAGUAUAAAAACGGUGCAUCAAGAGGUUAUGGUAUAUGUAAUUUAGCUUUGAAAAACUCAAAUGAAGCCACUUGCUUUGGUUAAAAUUAACAGCCGGAUAGCUACUGUCAGCUUUUAAUGCACUGGUUAUAAGCCUGUGGGCAGGAAGUAAAGUUUGUGAGUCCCCAGUGGUUAGAAAAAACACAUCAUAUGCCAGCAAUUGGUUGUUUACUAUGUCAUUGUAAACUCUCUCUGACAUGCCGAGUCGGAUUAAGAUUACCCAUGGCCCUCAGCAUAUUGUCAGUUUGUGGCCCCCUCCCAGAGCCCUGGGAUCUGAUUCUGUGAGUUUUGUGUGUGUGUGGGAUAGACUGUGUUGUCUAUGUGGACGAGGCUGAGAUCUGUAUGGUGAUAGGCUAAGUGUGCCUGUGUUUGCUGGUUGAGUGUUGUUUGUUUGGUGACUUUGUGUGUGGAGUCUGACAGUUUUGUGUGUGGAAUGGCCCUCUGGGGUCCAUAUGUCAGCCUGGGUUCUAGGAGACUGUCUAUACCGCCUUAGGAGUAAUCCAGCUCAUCCUAAUCUAGGAAAAUGUAUAUUAAUGUAAACUACAGUCUGUAUAAAAUAAAAAGUUACAUUGAUAUAAUUUUGUAAUUGUGGCAAACGUAGAUCCCAGAUGUAUUUGAUCUACAUUUCCGUUGAUUCUUUGUCAACCUUAAAGCAACUCUGUCAUCCAGAAUGUAUUUGCAUAGACCAUCAAUAGUGAGAUCCCUGCCACAUUCUUUUUUCAUCUGUAGCUGCUAGCUAUGACUGUGGGAAUUGGCAAAUCUUAAAGGACCCUGUGACAAACUCCCUUUCCCAUGUGAGUUUGCCACGAGCUCCUGGAGGAGCCUGUUUGCCAGCCUCCUGCACACAGAUUGUGGGCCCUGCAGGGAAACCUGUAAAAGACUGUUUAACUGGCUUGGUUCGUGCCCUUUCUCUAUUCUGUUCGGGUACCGAACAGGCGCACGAACCAUGGACCACCCAGGAGCUUGUUAAGCCUAAUUGACAGUUUGUAACACGUUCCACCGCAGUGUUCUAAUUGUUCGUCUGGGUGGCCGAUGUUAGCAUGAACGACCACGAGGUGGCGGCUAUCUUGUUCGUGUGAAUGCAGGCAGCAGUGUUUGGUCGUCGAGUUCAUGGAAGUGAAAACAGACACUGAAACUCCCGAACACCGCUGGACUUCCAUGAUCACCUGCGUUCAGUUCUACACGACUUUUAUUUAGUUCUGCCCUUUUUGUACAUGUCUUCUAGCUUAUCGUGUGACCAUAUGACCCUUUCUGUGUUAUUCUACUCUUCAAAUGACUUAUUUUGUGUUACAUUGCAAAUUGCCCUCCGAGCCAUUUUGAUUAUCAGUAUAUAUGGUCUGUCAUUCUGGGAUUCUUGCUUGUCAUAAAUAAUAAUUAAAUUGUUUUAUUUACAGGAUGGCUUAAACAUUCUCCACUGUGCAGCGCAGAGGGGUCAUAUCAAGGUUUUGGAGUUUAUUAUGGAAGAUCUUGAAAACAUCAAGUUGGACAAGGUGGACAAGGUAAGUGUGCCUGAUAUAGAUUGUAAGUUCUUUUGAGCAGGGUCCGUAUUGUUCCUGUAACACUUUGUAAUUGUCACAUUUAUUGUUAAAUUCCCCCCUUUAUAAUAUUGUAACCCCCUUUAUAAUAUUGUAUGCCAAUAAUAAAAAUAGAUCAGCUACCUAGAUUAUGUAUGUUUAAUUAUUUGUACAGAACACAUCAAGCAUAGGUCCCAAAUAUUUCCUAGAAAUUGGGAAACCCAGCAGCAUAGCCUCCUGCUGAAACAAAUUAGCUAAUUACCACCUUGUAAAUAUAUGGAUGGAUUGAAAAGGUAGCCUUUAUUUUAUGGCAAAUUGUACAGGGCUUUGUACGAACCUCUAGUAACAAAAAAAUACAUGAAACGUUCAUUCUCUCUCUCUCAUUUUUUACUCUGUGUGCGGUAAAGUGAAGGAUUAAUUAGCUUCUGCAUCUUUCCUCCAACCUGUGUUUUAAUUGGAUAGAAGGGCAAUAAAUAAUGGUUGGCCACAGGGUUUCAAAGGCCCUCUCCCAUAUACUGUGGGUCAAGGAUCGCCUUGUCACCUACUAGAGUGGCUCCCAUCAUGUUGUUAACCUCACAUUCACCACACUGUGGGUGAUAAAAGGCCACACCGUAUAAAGUUUUUAUUUAGAAAUGAUCUUUUUACUGUUCAGCUAGUGUAAUUUGGAAACAAUGUAUGUGCCAGUUUCCUGUUUUCCAUUUAAAGUUAUGCAUGAUAAACCAUAAAUUAAAAUAUUUUAUUAUUUUUUUUAAAUCAUGCACAACGGUAUUAAGGCAAUAUAGCAGUGUGUUGCAUUUUCAAUUAGCCGCACAUCAUUUUGGGCUAUCAAGUAUUAAAUGAUUGAUAAUUUAUUUUUAAUCAAAAUUCUUUAUUUUGAUUUUUAAUAGAUACAUGAAAUAAAAUAGAACAUAUUAACACUGUUUGGUAUAUGCCUAUGUAUUGUAUAUCUGUUCUCAGGAUGUAGAACAGACAUACAAUUGUCAUAUUUUGAAACAAUCAAAGUCAAAGUCUUGGUUGCUUUAAAGGACCACUAUAGGCACCCAGCCCACUUCAGCUUAAUUAAGUGGUCUGGGUGCCAGGUCCAGCUAGGGUUAACCCUUUUUUCUAUAGACAUAGCAGUUUCAGAGAAACUGCUAUAUUUAUAUUAGGGUUAAUCCAGCCUCUAGUGGCUGUCUCAUUGACAGCCGCUAGAGGCGCUUGCGUGCUUCUCACUGUGAAAAUCACAGUGAGAGCACACAAGCGUCCAUAGGAAAGCAUUGUAAAUGCUUUCCUAUGCGACCGGCUGAAUGCGCGCGCGGCUCCUGCAGCGCAUGCGCAUUCAGCCUAAGAGGAGGAGAGGAGGCAGAGAGCUCCCCGCCCAGCGCUGGAAAAAGGUAAGUUUUUACCCCUUUCCCCUUUCCAGAGCCGGGCGGGAGGGGGUCCCUGAGGGUGGGGGCACCCUCGGGGCACUAUAGUGCCAGGAAAACGAGUAUGUUUUCCUGGCACUAUAGUGGUCCUUAUAUAGGGAGUAUACAGUGGAUCCAUAAGCCAAGGCUCUUUUCAUGGGUGGUGAGCCUGAGUGAAUAAAGUAGACCAAAACUUAAUGUGCAUGGAGGGUAAGUCCCAUAAAUGAUCAACACAUUCAAAUGAUAGAUACUCUAUUUUAAUCCAAGUGGUGGAAGUGUUUUAACAGAGCGUUUUAGUAGUGAGAGAAUGUUCACACAUUCCACAAAAAACAUUAAUAUGGACUCUGGGGGAAGAAUCUAAUUCAAGCAAUAUUGUAGUCACCUAAACAACUUUGACUUAAUGAAGCAGUUUUAGUGUAUAGAACAUGCCUCUCAGGUUUCACUGCUCGAUUCACUGCCAUUUAGGAGUCAAAUCACUAUGUUUCGGUUUAUGCGGCCAUUGCCACACCUUCCCUGGCUCUGAUUGACACCGCCUGCAUGAAAAAAAAACUGGUUUCACUUUCAAUCAGAUGUAAUUUACCUUAAACAAUUGUAUCUCUUGCUCUGUAAAUUGAACUUUAAUCACAUAUAAAAGGCUCUUGCAGGGUCUAGCAAGCUAUUAACAUAGCAGGGGAUAAGAAAAUCUAAAUUAAACAGAACUUGCAAUAAAGGAAGGAUAAACAUUAGAUGACUCUUUACAGGAAGUGUUUAUGAAGGCUGUGCAAUUCACAUGCAGGGAGGUGUGACUAGGGUUCAUAAACAAAGUGAUUUAACUCCUAAAUGGCAGAGAAUUGAACAGUGAGGCCGCAGGGGCAUGAUCUAUACACCAAAACUGUUUGAUUAAGCUAAAGUUGUUUUGGUGAGUAUUGCAACACAGUGAGAUAGUGCUUUAUGGGAUGUUUCAUGUAAGUUCAGUAUAUGAAUACCAUAGAACACAGAAACGAGUUGGUGGGUAGAUAACAGAGGACUUAAUACUCAUCUGAUUUUUAAACGGAAGAUCAUUGCAGAACCCCUUUGUAAACAAGGGGGUCUUUAGAAACCCAACACCAUGUUUUUUUUGUUUGGUUUUUUUUUGUGCGUUUUUUUAAUGCAUUGAAUGUUAGGAUGUUUCUUUCUGGAAAUUUGCCUCCCUCUGUAGCAAGUUCAGCACGAUGGCUUUGACUCAAGUGUGCUUUUAGAGCUUAGAAAAUAUAUAUUUUUUGGAGGCAAGGUAUGGUUGGGGGUUAAUCAGUGGGAAAUGACCUAAUUUUUACCAUUCUUUGUCCUGCUCUGUAUUCGGCUUACUGAAUUAAAACAAGCAACAUUAUAUAAUCUCUUUGGAAUGGGGAAAUAAGAGGAAUAAUAAACUAUUAAAUCAUCAUUUAACAUCUGAGGAGCUGACCUCACUUAGCAAAGCUCCGUGAAACUGAAUCAUAAAAAUUCUACAGCACAAACACAACACACCUGCCUGCUACCCUUAUAUUGUUUGUUUAACAAAGGUUGGGGAAUGCGUGUAUACUUUACAACAGUGUAAUGUAAUUAUUUCUUACUUCAUAAAAAUAAAACCGGAUUUUCCACCAAUGCCACAUGGUGGAAUGUUAAUAUUUCACUUUCCUUAAAAGCAAGCUGUUUCUUUAACAUGGAGAUAGCUUUAAACUGAUUAACCUGAAAUUAGAGAGAAAGAGCAGAUAGUAUUACGAUUGCAGCAAAAAAAGUAGUCCUAUUUCUUUAUUUCUUCAACUGCACAGUAUUUCCUUUGCCAACCGGUGCUGAAAAAAUUAAAGAUAUCACAUUAAUCUUUGUGGAUAUUUGUGAUUUUGUUUCUCCUAUUUCGAACGCUGACAGUCAGUGUAAUUUACUAAACUGUGAAUUAUAGAGAAUGUAAAAUGAAUUCAAUGUGAAUUUCAAAUUUUAGGUAGGCCAGAGUAUCCAAAUUUAAAAUGUUCUGUAAGUCAGCUAGGUUUCCAGUUCACCUAUUUGGGUUUUGUUUUAAAUGUUUUUUUCUUUAAUUUGUUUAGCAGAAGAGCAGUCAUAUAGCAAAUGAUACAUGCAGUUUUACAUUUACCUAUGCAGAGGUUAAAAAGAGUAAUGAAAGGUAAUAACAUAUGCUAUUUUGAUCUGUGUGAAAUUUGAAAUUCACUUCUAAUCGACACUUUGGUGAAAAAUUGUCAGUAUACGAAGUGCUAGAUGCUUUACUGGUAGACUGUUAUUUGAAAUCUUCACUAAAUAUUAGCAUGAAGGUGAGAAACGAGUAGGUGAAACAAAUAAUUUAACAAAAUUUUAAUUUGUAUUUAAUACUUGAGAUUAUUUAGUAACCAGUUAGUAACCAAUCAAAUUUACCCACAAACCAUCAGUAAUAUCAAUCCCACAGAAAGGAAACUGAAGACUCACGAAUUUUGUCAUGGAUGGAGAAUUGGAUAACUCUAGGGAAGAACGUGAUCAGCAGCAUAGAGGGGACAGUGACAGAUUAGCGCAUAAAUGCUCCAGAUAUAUGAUUGAAUGUGGCUUAUACGACUCCUGGAGACUGAUGCAUGAGAAUGAAAGAGAUUUUACGUAUUAUUCUGUCUCUAAAAAUAUGUAUUCCAGGCUAGACCAGUUUAUAAUCCAGGGUGCUUUAAUCCCGCACAUCUUGAAAUCUGAUAUCUUAGACAUCAACUGGUCCGACCAAGCUCCAAUCGUAAUGCAUAUUGACGAAAUUGUUUCAUCAGCCCCAGAACCUGGAAAUUAGGCGAUUAUUUGUUAAAUGAUGUUGUGAACAGGUUAUUGACGGAGAAGGCUUUGAGUGAUUAUUUUUCAGAAAAUGCCUCACCCGAGGUUCCUGGCGAGGUGACUUGGAAUGCGCAUAAGGCUGUGUUAAGAGGUCAUUUUAUUUCUAGAGCGUCUCAUCUGAAGAAAAUUAAUAGCAAUAAUUUAAGAACAUUGGAAAAAGAAUUGUACAAUUUGAACCAGGCUAAUACAUUUGGUCCAUCUUCCUCCCUAUCAGCAAUGAUAGGAGAAAUUAAGACUAAAAUUAACAAAAUUAAUUUAGAUCGUACAUCUCUCAUGGUGAGACGUCUCAGGAAAACAUUUUACUUAAAAGGCAACAGGGCCUCAACUCUUUUGGCAUCCAAACUCCGGCAUGUGAAUGCCCAAUCAAAAAUAGCAUAUUUACUUGAUGAUCAGGGGCGAAAAGUGUUUCAUCCAACUAAAAUUAUGAUAUUGUGAUAUGUUUGCAGAGUAUUAUAGUAAACUUUAUAAUUUAGAAUGUAAUGCGGACCUUCCCCAGCCUUCUGCAACAAUAAUUGAUAAAUUCUUAGACAGAGUGUCAUUGCCUCGGCUGUCUCCAGGACAUUUAGAAAGCUUAGAAUGUGAAAUAUCAGCAGUAGAGAUAGCUGAGCCGAUCAAACUUAUGCCAUCUGGAAAAGCCCCUGGUCCCGAUGGAUUUACUAUUUUAUAUUAUAAAACCUUUCCAGAAAUUUUAAUUCCCCAUAUGACUAAAAUGUUCAAUUCCCAUAAGUCCGGGGGAAAGAUGCCGGAGGAGUCCUUGUGCGCACGAAUAGUCACCUUGCCAAAGCCGGGAAAAACUCCCGAUAGAUGCCCUAACUUUAGGCACAUUUCUCUGAUUAAUAAUGACUCAAAGAUUCAUUCUAAAGUUCUCGCAAAUAGAUUAACCAAAUUAAUCCCAUUGCUAAUUAAUAAGGAUCAGGUAGGUUUUGUACAGGAUAGACAGGUGCCAGACGGAACUAGAAGAUUCAUAAACUUGAUUCAGCACAUCAAUAUGACCAAAACGCCUUCUUUGCUUCUCUCUCUAGACGCACAGAAGGCGUUUGACAGGAUACAUUGGGGAUAUUUAUGGAUAACGUUAGACAGGUUCAACAUACCAUCAUCCUUUAUCACAGCAAUUAAGGCGCUAUAUUGCGCGCCCUCCGCCCAUGUCUCAGCUUCUGGCUUCACAUCCAAAACUUUUUCUCUAACUAAUGGGACUAGACAGGGGUGCCCUUUAUCUCCAAUUUUGUUUGUUUUAGCGAUAGAACCCCUGGCCGAACUAAUUAGAACGACUCCACAAAUUGUAGGAAUUGCUAUUAAAGAAUCCGAUCACAAAAUUGGCCUGUUUGCAGACGAUAUAAUCCUAGCUGUCAAAAACCCAAAAGAAUCUUUGAGACACCUCAAGGACAUUUUAACUCAAUUUGGCGAGAUAUCGUACUACAAAUUAAACGAGUCCAAAACUCAGGCCCUCCCGUUUAAUUUAAAUAAUCUGGAAACCAUUGCCAAGAAAUCAUAUUUAUUUGAUUGGAGAACUGACUAUAUGGAAUAUCUUGGCAUUAAUUUAUGCAAAAAUUUGGUCAAUAUGCACAAUCACAAGUUGAGGAAAGCAUGGUCGGACUUACAAAAAGAGAUGGAGAGAUGGGGCGGGAUGGAGCUCUCAUGGCUGGGGAGGGUCGCAUCUAUUAAAAUGACGAUACUCCCCAAAAUUUUAUAUUUUUUUAGGACCAUUCCUCUGUCCAUCCCAUUAUCAUUUUUUAAUAAAGUCCAUUAUCAUUUUUUAAUAAAGACAAUGCUGAAGUUUAUCUGGGGGGACAAGCCUGCCGAGUGAGGCUCACUUCCCUGCAGCACCAUAAAUCAAAUGGCGGUAUUGGUGUCCCCGAUAUCCGCAAUUAUUAUUUCGCCACUAACGCUGCAGUGGUCGUGAGCUUUAACAACCAGGUUGAUAAACCCAGAUGGAUGGAAAUAGAAGAAUCGAAAAUUUUACCGGUUAGAUUAUCAGAAUUACCGUGGUUAAAUCUUAUGAAAAGACCUGGAAUUACAAAAUUAUUUUUAUCUACCAAGACUAUGCUCAAGGCCUGGGACAUUGUUUUUAAAAAUGACCAGUCUCCCAGUUUAUAUAGAGCAAUGCCUAUUGAGUUAUUGAAAGAUUAUAUACCAUCCUUAAAAAUAGAACUGUUGAAGGAUUGCUCUAUAACUAAUCUGGAUAAUUUUUUUUAUGGCAAUGCUAUUCUUUCUUUGGAAAAAUUGAAGCUUAAGUAUGGAUUAUCAAAUGUAUGUGAACUGGAAUGUAUGCUAAUCAUUGACAAGUUGAAAGAACUAUACCAGGUAUCUGAAACAGAUAAAAACUAUAAUUCACUUCAGAUAUCUCCUUUAGAGAAAGUUUUUUUUUAUACAGCCCCGCUAGUAAAGGUUAUUUGUUUUAUAAUGCCAAGCCCUUAGUUAAAUUAAAACAUAUGUUGUCAUGGGAGACGGAGUUGGGUGCCCAGUACGAUUUAGAAGAAUGGUUCGUUUUUUUUUAAAGGUUUAAAAGGUAUUUCGUAUUGCACUGACCAUUUUGAAAUUCAUUAUAACAUUUUAUAUCACUGGUACCUGGCUCCGUCUAGAUUGCACAACAUGAACAAUAUGUUCAUGAUCUAAUUAUUAAAGUGAACAGAACCAUUAGCAUCUUAACUUCGGAACUAGCCUUAUUUAAAAAACUCCCGGAAUCCGUUAAUAGAUCAGAUAAAAUAAUCAUAGGCCACAUUCUGAUUGCUGCUACAUCCUGUUUACCUAGACAUUGGAAGUCCCAAAAUGUGCCAUCUCUUAGAGAAGUUUUUAAUUUGAUUCUAGAAAACAAAGCACACGAAUUAUCGCAUAGAGCUAAUAUGCAUGGUUUCCCAAUAUUAAAACAUAAUUGGGAUAAAUGGGAAGAAAAAAUCAAAACAGUUUAUGGUCUUUGAUAUAUUUAUUGUUAAAGUGCAUUGAUGUACAAAUGUUUUGCCAUAUACAUUGUUAUGCUUAUUUCAAUGAUGGAUGGAUACCCCUUCCCAUUUCCAAGUUCCUUUCCUACCCCUAAUACAAUGUUUGUAUUAUUAUAACUUGUUAUACACAAUUUUAAAACUUUAAUAAAAAUUAUUUGAAAAGGAAACUGAAGACCUCAUGGACAGAGGAGAAUAAAAUGGCUGCACCCAGAUAUUGAGAUCCAGCAUAGGCAAGAAAAUAUAAUAAAUAAAAACAAAAGCAAGUGGCAAUGAGAGGAGUAUAAUCAUUAGGAUACAUGGGGUAUAAGGAAAGAACUUAAGAAAAAAAAAUUACAGGUCCACUUUAAGUAAGGUGUUUUGACAAGCUGGAGGGUUAGAGGAGGUCGAUGUUUACCAAAAAUCUAUGGUAGGACAAGUUUCUGUUCUGUUCUGCAUGACAUAAUGCAUCUAUUGAUUUACCAAAAAUGCAAGGUGCUUUACUCUGUUCUCGGCCAUAACGAUCCUACCUGUUUAGUCACACUGUCUCUAGGGAGAAUGUUCUAAUAUGAGCUGUGUGCAUAGCGUGACUUAAACAGGGCUUAUCACCUUGAUGGCUCACACUCUUGCCCGGGAGGGUUUUAGAGGACCAGCAAUGGCGAGGCAUAAAAUACAUGAAAAUGGUAGCACUGAUAUGUAUAGUAUCACUUAAGAUUGCAUACCAAUCCAAUUAUAUAGUAACAACAGAAAGUAUCACAUUAUCACCCAUGCACCGUCCAUUAAAUAUGCAUCAUCCUUUGCACACAUCAACGACAUGGCAUCCAUAUACGCACUAUUGUCACUGAAAUAGCACAGAUCAUGCUGUACUUUAACCUCUGAGGUCCUGGCUUUUGGUGGUUGUCUUGUACAGUGGCUGUUUUUAAGCAGAUACAAACCUACACUAUAUGCAGAGAUAUGACGUCAUGUGGAUGAUUAGCUUAAUUUUACUUCUCACAUCUUGCUGUCUAACUUUGCAUUUCUACACUAGAAGAUUGCAACUCUGUCAGUGGGAAAAAAGAUUGUAGCAUGAAGUAGGCUGCUGGUGUGUAUCAGAAACAUGCAGCCAUAGUCAGAUCAAGGCACAAGUAGAAAGUAUUUUAGAGUGACAAUGCAUAAUUUAAAAGAAGAACACUGUCUGAUUAACGCAGCACUGUCACCAUCUGAGGACUUUGCAGAAUUUGCAAAGACCCCCGAUGGUGAUAUUGCCACUGGUGGUCUAGUGGCCAGGUAUGGAGCAGGCAAAAGCAAGUUCUACUUAUCUGAACCUGUCCUUCGUGGGUGCCACCAACUUCUUGUGGCAGGUCCUCUUCAACUCCAGGAGCCAAUGUCACUGAGGUCUAUUGGAGGUCUACUGAGUUGUAUGGAGAAUCCUCCAUAGAUAAAUCCAAUUUCUUGCAACUGUCACUGGUGAUGGCUGGGGGUGCUGUCAUUUCUAGAUGGUGGUAGCUCCGCCCAGUGCCUAGGAAUGUCUGGUGAAGGAAAUAUGUAGAGACAAAGUCUCAGUAUAUCUCUUGACUUUAAUUCAGUGAAAUUCCAACCCAGACAAUAUGAUUCUAUCUUUAUGAAAUGCUAAUUUUUCAGGAGGAAAUGGGGGGGGGGAGGGGUUGAGGGGAAGGAGGAGGAGGUAUAACAGUGCCCCUUUAAUGCAGGUGUGCUCAUACACGCUACUUAUAAGACACACAAAUACAUUUCCAAAUAACCUGAUAUGCCAGUUGUUGUCAUGGUGACAGAGCAAGACCUUUGUAAGAGUUUAAUGUUUUAAUAAGUAAGGUUAUUUAAUGAGUGAAAUGGGUGUAGUUUUAAAUAAAUGUGGGUUAUUACUGAAGAAGUACAUUUUACUUCUCUUACUGUUAAAGAUACACUAGGCCUUUUGUCCCCAAUAAUUUUAAGAAGAGUGCAUAAUUGUAAUCUUAUGUGCCACGUUAGUGUGACAAAUUUGCAAGUCGACAUUUAUAACAUUGCGAAAGGAAACAGUUGAAAAGAGAGGAAAGAAGAAAGGUUUAGUUUGGUGGAAAACUGACAUCUUAACUUUUUCUCUAUAACCAAUGAAAAGCUCUUAUAACUUACAUUUUUCAAAUACAUGUCAUUUUAUACUGUACAGGAGGCCUCCAUUCCUCAUUGUUAAGCCUGUAGGCCAAUUCAAUAUCUGACAUUAUAAAUAGGAAGUGUCUGCUUAGGAAUGCACACUUUCUACUAUGCUUCAGGACACUUUAAUUUCUAAAUUUGGUCUCUCAGUUUUUUGUGAUUUAUGUACUCCAUAACAAUCUGUGUGUUUCUUUUACAGCUAGGCAAGACAGCUUUUCAUCUGGCCGCAGAACAUGGAAAGAUGGAGGUGGCUGAAUUUCUGAUUGGCUCUGGAUGCCAGCACAGCUUAAAGGACAAGGUAACAAAGUUACACUAACCCUGGUAGAGUAUCAAGUGUCUGAGAAUUACAACACAAGAUUAUGCUGUGCCACAGCAAGCAAUGGGUCCUUUAACUGCUAGCUUCUAACAUUGUAUGUUUUGUCCAGAAAGAGAGAUUUUUUGUAAGGUCUUGACACACUGUUUUGGAUUCUACAGAGUGUAAAUAUGUGGUAAUUAAAUGUACGUUAUUAACACUAAUUAACCCUUUAUGGCUAAUUCAUUUCAGGAAGCCAACACAGCACUGCAUCUGGCUGCCAAGAAUGGACACGUUGACAUCCUGCAGAGGAUUGUGGAAAUUGGAGUUGAUCUUAAUGAAAAAAACCUUGUAAGUGUAUUCAUAAUGUGCCUUUCUUCGAGGUUGCAUUGUAGGUAUCAAACUUCAUAGACUAUUGUAAAACAUAUUGUUGGGAUACAAACGAGCAUUUUGGGGACGACCAGUUUUUUAGUUGUUUAUUGUAGUGUUUAAAUUACUUGGAAUUGACCUACCAUUUCCUAUGCCAAUAAUCAAAAUACUGAAUUUCUGAUAAAGGAACCAGGAGUUGAAAUUGCUCUUGUAGGAUCACAUUCUAGAACCAUGUCAGGUGACAUUUGAAUUAGGAUGGAAAAGGCCAAUUGCAAAAUCCCAGUGAACCUUAAUAGGUAUUAAAUCAAAUGAUUAUGGGAGGAUAACUGAAUUAAAUGGCUGAUGCCUUUUUAGCAAUGUAUUCUAGACUGCAUUACAAUGCAAAGUGGAAUAUUUAAUAUAUUCAUUCAUUUACAGUACAGGAAAUGGAUUAAUUGAAAGCUUGGCACUAAGUCUGCAGAGCUUCAUAAGUGGAAACAGCCAACAUAUAUAGAUAAGAUAUUUACUGUGAUAGAACACUGAUGGUUUUUCUGUCAUGUAAUGAUGUGUCUGUAUCCUGAUUGUCAGCCUCACAAUUCACUUAAGACCAAUACAUGCAAGUAAGUAUGAUUACUUUACAUGUUUGUUCAUAUAUUGCUGGUCUUGAUCAGUAACAUGCAGCCAUAGUUAGACAAAAGUAAGGUCAGGCCACAAGCAGACAGUGAUUUUAAUAUAGUAAGGUCAGUUAUGAGUAAAUAAUUGGCUCACGUAUAUUUAGUAAAAUAUAGUAACACUGUAUUUUGUAAAGUUGAUGCAAAGGAAGGAGGGGUUUUGCUGAUAGCUGAGGAUAUUGGCAAGUAAUUUACUUCAGGGAGCAGAAACCUCACUGGCUGAAAUAAGCCUUGUUACUCUGGAAGUCUAACCAUGUCAUUGCUCUCAUUGGCUGUGAAACAUGAUGUAAUUGGCUAAAAAUAAGAUGCGAUUAAAAAAGAAAAUUCUUAAACUCAGUAAGAUUGUAAAAGUCUUCGGUUCUCCAAACAUGUAAUUAUGGGGGGGCGGGGCGGGGCCGCCGAGCCGACUGGACGCCACAUGCAUGGGCUCCAGCUCUAGGCUCGUGAAAAGGGCUUAAAAAGCCGACAUAGACUGCUGCAAUGCCGGAACCGUCGCUACCACUGCAUGGAGAGGGUUACCAGCUUCAGCCCGAUACCCCGCAGGAGGCACAACACGCACCGGGUGAGCGGAAACAGCCACCUUCGGCCUGCAAGCCGACACAGGCCUGUCCUCGUGCUCCCAGACACCGCGGAGAGGCACUUUGCGGGAAAGGGAAAAACCACAUGAACUAAGCCUCUGGUCGUGGGAGGAUACCCCGGCUCGGGGCACGGCCCCGCUCCCCCCCGGUCCGGUGGGGGUUAUCCCGGCAUCAUGGCGGCGGCCCGCACAGUGGCGGGAGUUCCCGCGCUCGGCCUAUGCCGCCUGCCUACACUAGCAACGGCUGAAAGGGAAAAAACAGCCAGCUAGCAGAUAUACGGGCAAACAGCUGUAUGAGGAACAGCAAGCCAGCAGGAGUUGACCCUGAAACAGAGGAAAAGGGGAUACCGCAGGGAGACACACAGCCCAUGAACUAGCAGGGACGGCUUACUACUUACGAAACAGCCCGCAGAGAGCAUUGGCUAGAUAGCGCAACGGAUACGAGGAAAAUCACCUGCACCUCUAUAGAGACAUUUUAGCAUAGCAUAUCACACCCUGAGGGCCACAGCGGAAUAAAGCACAGGGGACUGACAUGGACGGCCGGUGCAGGCCCAGGGGAUGCUGGACACUCGACGGACACUCUACGCGGCCCACAAGCUGGCUAGAGCAGUGAGUACCCCAGUCUCUGGGUAUGGGGGUCCCCAGGGAAUCAUGUCCCCACUGCUGCGAGCCCUGUGAGGCGGGAGUGCGCCGCUCUACCGGUGGACCGGUGGCCGGGGGGGCGGAGUACCAGCCUUAAGCGUGAGGCCGGCACUGGGAGAGACUUGGGAAUGCUCACUCCAAGGGGAACAACGUGACGCUGGGGAGGUGCAGGGGGCAAGAGUGCCGCGGACUUUGUGGUGGGGUCCGACAGACAAUCACUGCCCCUGAGUGCCCACGGUGCCGCGAAGGACCCGGCCGGUGAACUGGUGCCAGAGUGGGGGGGCCGGACGAGGGCUCGGCGACCUGGGGACUGCACUGCAGCAGAGACAUGUGAGGCCUCCCUCAGCUUUUCACACAGGGCGACAUAUUGUUAAUAAUGUUUACUCUUUACCUGUUCCUAUUCCUAUAAUACGCAUUUUGAAAUUACGCCUGACUGUUACGCUAUAAGACGACCAUACACGUAACCAUCCCGGCUAUAGUACUAUCUAAUGUUACACUGUAGUUUUAACACACAUGCUAUGACUGGCACAAACAUCUUGCAUUCAUCAGCAGACGCUUGAGACAAGCACAGAUAUACAUGUCAGUCACUGACGCCUGCACAUUACCUAACUUUGGUUUCACAUGCGCGCCACUGUCACCACGAGACACACGCCACUAUCCGAACAGGCCACAUCCAUAAGAUACACACACACACACAAGUUGGUAAGAUAUUUACUUGUACUUUACAAACGGAAUAUGCCAUAAUUGGACAGAAACUUCUCCGCUGCAAAAAUGUACCUUUGCUUUAUACUGAUUGAUUUGGCCUCUGCGUAGGCUCAUAAAAGUUUUUCUAUUUCGCUCUUUUUAAAUGCCUUACUGUAUUGCUACAGAAUGCAUAUUAACCAAGCUUAUGACAUGUAAUAAUGUUUACUCUCUACCUGUUCCUAUUCCUAUACUACGCAUUUUGAAAUUACGCCAGACUGUUACGCUAUAAGACGACCAUACACAUAACCAUCCCGGCUACAGCACGAUCUAAUGUUACACUGCAGUUUCAACACACAUGCUAUGACCGGCACAAACACCUUGCAUUCAUCAGCAGACGCUUGAGACAAGCACAGAUAUACAUGUCAGUCACUGACGCCUGCAUAUUACCUAACUUUGGUUUCACAUGCGCGCCACUGGCACCACGAGACACACGCCACUAUCCGAACAGGCCACAUCCAUAAGAUACACACACACACACAAGCUGGUAAGAUAUUUACUUGGACUUUACAAACGGAAUAUGCCAUAAUUGGACAUAAGCUUCUCCGCUGCAAAAAUGCACCUUUGCUUUAUACUGAUUGAUUUGGCCUCUGCGUAGGCUCAUAAAAGUUUUUUUUUUUUUUUUUCGCUCUUUUUCAAUGCCUUACUGUAUUGCUACGGAAUGCAUAUUAACCAAGCUUAUGACAUGAUAACAAUAAACAUAUUUAAAACAAAACAAACAUGUAAUUAUGAAGAUAAAUCCUUUAAAAGCUGUAUUGCAAAAAUUCUGUCAGCCACUCCUGGUCUACGUAGACGUCACUGUAGAUCCUAUGGAUUUGCUUAAAAUUAGAGAUGUCCAGAGGCAUGUUUCAUGUUUUUGCAUGUUGGUGUUUAAGUAAUUUGUUUUUUAUAUGUUUACUCCCUAAUUUAGAAUGCUUAAUUCUGAAUUGUUCUUCUAUGUAGUAUGUAUAAGCAAUUACAAAGUGAUUUAAAAUGCAAGCUUUCACCAUUUAGGUCUAUUUGUCAGGUUUGUUUUCCUAAAUCUAGUUAUUCAGCCAUUGAGUUCAUCACACUUUUUCAAUUUCUGUUAUCUUUAGAACUGAAUUGUGAAUAGAAACUUGUUUUAAAUAGAUGAUGAUUGUAUUAUGUUUUAGUACAAUUGUGGCCAUGAGUGAUAUAAUUCUAUAGAUGCAAAGUCUCACCAUCCCCUGCUACUGUUUGUGAUAGACGUGAUGGUACUUAAGAAGUAUUGGUGUUUUCACAGGAAGGCCUUACAGCUUUACAUCUUGCUGUAGAAUGUGGACACUUAGACUGUAUCAGAAUCCUAAUCGAUGCUGGGUGCGAUGUGAAUGUGCAGACAGAGGUAACCUUUUCAGCAGAUCUUUACAUGGCAGCAUUACAUUUUGUAACUCCUUAACAGUCGUGGCUGUAUGGGAGCUCCAUGAAAAAAAUUGUGCUGGAGCCCUUUGUCAUGUGAUCUCUAGCAAUUCAGUCAAUCACCAAUCUCUGACUCUGAUUGAUUAGAAACAUGUAAAUACAUUUUAUUCUUUAGAUAGUUUACAUUGCACUUUCCAUACUGCUGUAUCUCCGCCUAAUGCGGAAAACAGUAGACGCUCACACAUUUCAGGCCUUAAUGGCACUUCACCCGCAAUUUUAACAUUUCUUAAAGGAACACUGCAAGCACCAUAACCACUAGAGUUUUCUGUAGUGGUAUGAUGCCACGAAUGCCUAAGCAAACUUCUGAAUCCCCUCUUUCAUUAUCAAGCUGGAGUGAGAAGGAGCUUGGUGUAACAGACAACUCUGUAAUGUCUUAAUACAUAUUUAAACCCCCUCUUCCCCCUUUUCUGCUUGUUGUGGGUAACUAUAAACCUUGCCCCAUUAUCCCCAUCCUCCCCCUCCUACCCCCAAAAGUUGAACUUGUUACCAUUUUAUUACAUAGUAUACACUGUAUUACAUAAAAAAUCCAGGCUGAGCAGACAUGCAGAAACCAAGCUCCUGAUCAAAAUUGCCUUUCUGGGGGAAAAACACCCCAAAAAUCAAGCACAUCCACUGCCUGGAGGAACACAAGCAAGGAGGGGACACCCAGGGAAAUCCUUUGACACCCGACUCAUGCAUGUCACAAACCGGGAACCCUGAAAAUCUGCUGAGGCUUACCUGGGACCGAAACGGGGAGAGGCGGCUGCUCUCCUCGCUAGAGAACAGGCUCACAGACCACUCUAACCUCCCAACUCCUACUCGACCGGUGGGGGAUAUCCUGGUCCACACAGGGCGCCCGAAACACACAAAGCUAAAGCCAAGAGGCCGUUGCGGGAAAACUUGGUGAGCCACGCAGCACCUCAAGAUGGCUGCCGCAUCGCAAUCACAGCGCAGCCCAGCAAGCCAGACAGACCAGAGCUGGAGGGAGGCCUUCAAAGCCCGGUUUGACGCUAUCUGUCAAGCCUUCUGGGACCGCAUUGCCCAACGUGAACCCCUGCCUACCCCUCCCAAGAUGGGACCUACCUGCCAACCAGCAGCGGACACCUGUCCAUCUUCUGGGCUGGGAGCCCAACUGGAGGAAUCUCCAGGCCGCAGUCCAACUACCCGCAGGGAUGACCGCAAGCCGGAAACCCCGGGGAUCCACGAUCCUGCCUCACAAAGGAGGAGGAUCCAUGGACAGAGAGCGCCAGCUCCCUUAACAGCCCGGAGCCAAAGGGACAGGGACCUGUCACGCUACACACAGCGCCUGCACUACGAGCAGGGCAACCCAUGCUCCCGCACAUCGGAGAGGAGCACUGCUAAAGCUGACCGGGAACCAGACCCUCCACGGCGGCAUGCUAGAGGCAUUGGCUGAGGACGGCUAAGCAGUGGCGUACAUACCUGGUAUGUACCCACUGUGGCCACCGAGGCUGGACCUGCUGUCACCCCACGGCCGGUCCUGCGGGUGCGCGAGGAAGCACUCAGGGGAGAGUGCUCCCUCGCACGCCCGCCCGCCCGCCCGCCCAGUGACCAGCUGCCCAGGAGCCCAGCAGCACCACUGGACCCCAGGGAAUCCCCUCAGCACAAGGAGGCUGGGGGAUUCAAUUUAAAAAAAAAAAAUGUGUUACUGUUAGUGUGUGUGUGUGUGUUAGUGUGAGUGUGUGUGUGUUAGUGUGAGUGUUAGUGUGUAUGUCUGCUAGUGAGUGUCAGUGAGUGUGUCUGUUGAAUGUGUGUCUGCCAGUGAGUGUCAGUGAGUGUGUUACUGUGUGUGUCUGUUACUGAGUGUGUUUGUGUGUGUGUUAGUGAGUCUGUUUGAUGUCUGUUAGUGAGUGUGUGUCAGUGAGAGUGUAUGUUUUGUAAGUGAAUGUGUAUGUAUGUCUGUCGCUGAGUGUGUCUCUGUCAGUAAAUGUGUGUGUGUCUGUCAGCUAGUGUGUAUGCGUCUGUUCGUGAGAGUGUGUGUGUGUCUUCAGCACAUACCUUUCUCCAGCGCCGGACUCCCUUGGCGCUGGGGAUCCCUCCGCCUCUCAGCUCCAAAUGCGCAUGCGCAUUCAAACCGCCCAUAGGAAAGCAUUACUCAGUGCUUUCCUAUGGACAUUCAGUGUCUUAAAAUCGCGGAAGCUCCUCUAGCGGCAGUCAGUGAGACAGCCACUAGAGGCUGGAUUAACCCUCAGUGAAACAUAGCAGUUUCUCUGAAACGGGUAUGUUUUCAGCUGCAGGGUUAAAACUAGAGGGGCCUGACACCCAGACCACUUCAUUGAGCUGAUGUGAUCUGGGUGUCUGUAGUGGUCGCAGCCCUGCAACCCUUGCGACCAGGUGCAACCCUUGCGGCCCCGGCCCGCGCAGAGUAAGCGAGUGGGGGGGGGUUCCCGGGGCCCCAUGGGUCAUGUGUAUGCCACUGCGGCUAAGCACACACUCACCAGCCCAUCUCCUGAAGCCCAUCAAUGGCCUGGACUCUGACAACUCUAGUGUGGACACUGUUACCUUGAGUAAAGUAUAGCAUACACACGCUCACCCACACUUUUGAUGGAGAGAAUAACCUCUCACUGUAGCUUUGGCUUUAGAUGUAAUAUUAAUGUUUAUGCUGACGCCCAACCAGCUUGAGCUUAACGUCUGAUUAUCACUACCCUACUCUAUAUAACACUAAGCUGCAUACAACAUGAAUAAUCUUAUAUACUCACCAUAAAAAUGUGCAUGUAUCAUCACACCCCCCACUGUUAUAACUGUUUUAAAACUAAAGCAUGAGGAUUGCCUUUGGGGUACCCCAUGCAUGUUGUAUUUUCAUAUGCACAACAAAAAAAAAAGUUUAGAAUCAAAAAUAUAAUUUACAGGCAAAAAUUUAAUCUUCUGUAUUUAAUGUCAAUUGAUAAAACCAGAUUUUGUAAAAAAAUAAAUAAAUAAUAAUUUUCCUCUAAGUCUGCCUGAUUGAGGAAAAAAAGAGAGAAGAAAAGCCCACUGUAUUAUCAAAUGACAUAGUUUGUUACUCACAGUGACUAUUGGUGACAGAGAGAAAUGGAUAAGAUAAAAUCACAUUACAUUUAUUUUUCGAAAUAAUAUUAUAAUUUGUGGAGUUUUUGUUUAAUCGAUUAGUGACAAAAUAAGUUAUUGAUUUUUCCUUUCUUUCAUAAAAACAAUGAAUCACAUGUAUGAACGUAAUAUAUAAGACAUCAGAAAAUUGUGAUUGAACCCUAGUGGGAUUAAUGGGAAGCUACUCAAAUAGGCUUGUUUUUUAUACACAGUAAUGCUUUAUCAGCUGUUUGAAACAAUGUUAAACUAAAGUAAGUGUGGCUCGUGUGCCCUCUACUGGUUGAAUUACAAGUCAACGCUAGCAAGCUUUCACAAUAUUGAACUAAACGCAGGGUUUCACUUCUCCACUUCACAGCCUACAUAAAAUGCCAUUUUUGUUCUGCAGAAAGGAAUGAACUCACUCCAUUAUGCGGCUUUCCACGGCCAUGUGGACAUUGCAAGAACUCUUAUUGAUGCAGACAUUAACAUCAAUGCCGUAAAUCAAGUGAGUACAGUUUGCACAAAAACACACUUGUCUGUUCAAGUCCAGCUCUGUGGGCUACACGUUCUGUAAGGUGAACAAUCCAGCAUUAAGUACUCUUUGGAACAUUUAAAUGGUACUUAGGUUAUUGAAGCAUCUUCAUCCAAACAUAGCAUAUUAUAUAUUCCCUUUAAAUGAGAGGAGGUAACCUGAGGCUUUAUUCAUAGAUUUCCUUGGCUUUUCUUUCAUUACCAGCAUUUAUCUCGUUUAUACCUUUGUUGCAUCAUUUUUUGCCAAUUAACACUUCCAAUGAUGUGCAUGGUUUUUGUCGAAUUUCAAGCAGUGUAUAUAAAAUGAACUAAUCCGGGUAAUGCCUGAUAUUUACAUUUUGCAUUCUUUGUGCAAGUUUUGCUGUUACUGUGACUCUUCCUGAAGGGAGGUGAAUUUAUGUUGAUGUUAAUGAGGACUGGUCUCAAGAGUUUGUUCAGAGAUUAGUCCACAUUGUCUUUAAUAAAGACUGCUCUUGGAAGUAAAUAUGUGGACACUAAACCAUUUCUUUUUUUCUUUUGUUUUGCAGCAAAAUUCAUCUGCUCUGCAUAUCUCUGUUCUGAGGAACUUCUCAUCCAUAGUCAAGCUUUUCAUUGACUGCGAGUGUGAUCUGGAUAUCACAGACUAUGUAAGAAUUGGUUAUUAACCACAUAAACCAUGGUAUCAGCAGGUACUGAGAUGUGUAAAGGCGCACAGAAAGCUCAGUGGGAAAGUAGGACACAGAAAUACAAAUGACCCUAUCAAAGAAUUAGAAGGUUAGAAUGUCACAGGGAAAGGAUUGAAAGUCAAGAAUAAAACUCAAGAGCAGAAGAAAGGUUAGGCAGAGGGUAUCUCACAGACAAGUACACGGGAACAAGUAAGAGACACAUUCAGAACAAUGUGAGACGUAGAGUAAGACUCACAUAGACAGGGACAUGGAAGAAGGUCAGUGAGACUCUGUUAGAUGGAAAUGUGGGAGAAGAAUAGUGAGACUCAGAAAGAAGGGUGGGGAGUUUAAUGGGACUUACUCUAACAGGCACCUGAUGGUUUCAGAACACUUCAAAUAUGGUGCAGGCAUAUUAACCUGGAGAGAGUGUGCGUGUAUAUGUAUAUAUAAAUAUCUUUGUUUUCUCACAGAGGCUUCAGACUCCUCUUCAUAUUGCGGCUGAGAAUGGACGACAAGAUAUGGCUGAAAUGAUCCUCAUUGCUGGAGUAAACCUGAAGCUGCAGGAUAAGGUGCAAUAAACAAACCAUUUAUACCCAUCCGCAGGAGACUAUAUUGCAUAUUAUGUUAUCUCAUCAUUUCUCUUUCCAGCAAGGGAAGACAUCGCUUGAUGUGGCUGCACGUGGCAAUCAUAUCAACCUUGCAGACAUGAUCAUCAAGGCAGAUCGUUUCUAUAAGUGGGAGAAGGUACACAAUUUACAUUGUAGAUACAAGUUUCAGAGACUGUUAACUCCUGUUGAUUUUCACUUUAGUGGAUAAUACUGCAUAAAAUGUGUAAUUGCAAGUGAAGAUUCCCAUAUAGUAACAUUAACAUAGUGUUGUAACCAUGCAGGGAUGCUUGUCAUAACCAUAACUUAGAAUCGUAAUGAUGGCAAGGUGUGAUAAAUAGAAUGUUUCUACUCCUCGUUAACACAGGACAAUAUGAACAGUGAUUCUGAUUCGUGGGUGCCCAGAAACCUGACCUUUAGACAGGACCAUCGACUGGAAACACAGCACAUCCGGUCUGUUAUCUGGAGACUAGCAACAAAAUACCUUAAACCCAACGAGUGGAAAAAGCUGGCACAGCACUGGAAAUUUACUGAUGCCCACAUACGGGCUAUAGAGCAGCAGUGGACAGGUGCAGAGAGUUUCUACAUUGAUUGAUCAAGGGAAAAGGGCUGUGAAAGUGUAUUUUGUCUGUUGUAUGAUGUAGCUAAAAGGAAGGUAAUUAAACCGUAUUUCACACUGGCAGUAAAGAAGCAUUGACAAUCUCCUAGCAAAUCAUGUUUUCGUUGGAAUCACUGUACAUAAAUCAUAAAGGCUUUGUUUUUAUUCAGGAAUGUAUAGGCUUUGUGCUGCUCUGUUGUACCCUUUUCUGACCACUUACAAGAGGAAUGAAUUGAGUGGAGCUAUGGUGCUAGUAUUUGUAGAUUUAGAGGCCGAUUGACCAAUCAGGAACAUCAGUCAUUGAUCCAAGGCAGUCAGGGACCCAGCUGCAUAAUGAUGCUUUUGCUGCGGAUAUUAAAAAUCUCCCCAACCUCAAAGGCAUCAUCUUGAGAAAUGGCAGCAAAAGAUUGCAGAGGGCAUAUGAAGGCACAGAUGACCCCUGCAACCUAUUGCACUGCAAAUUAAUUUUCCUGCUCAAUGAGAGACCUGGCAGCAUACCAGCUCUCUCAGUGCCAGGCCUCCUCUUUGCUUUAUCUGCACAUUGCUCUGUGUGAAUUAGAGGUUGGGAUGGAAAGUGACAUCACAUCCUCUGCUUUCUCCUUUUACACGGAGAGCUCUCACAGCAUGCAUGAAUAGUGAGAACAAGCAACAACCUGGCAGACACAGCAGAUCCCUCCCAGGUAUGAUGCUUGAACAAGAUGGAGGGAGGAAAAAUCAGGUUGGUGCAAAGAAACAGGCUAGGGGUGAAAAUGGCAGAGGCAUAUGUGGGAUGAAGGGGUGAGGGUCUACCACUUCCUACAGUUGUGUUUUGAUAUGUGGGUUAGACAAAGGUGUGAUGUAAGACAAAUGGGGUGUUUGGGAAGGAGAAGUGUGAGGUGACAGAGGCACAGGUGAGUGGGGUGUGAGGGCAGACAGAAGUGGUGAAGAGGAGUGUCAAAUUGUGUUAGAUAGAGUGUCACAAAAGGGGAGACAAGGGUGUCAGAAAAAAGAGGGGGGUAAUGGGAAGACACACAUAUACAGUGGGAAAGAUUGAGAGAGACAGAGACUUAGAAGUUGGUUGUGGAGUCCAAAUAACAAAAUUAAAAAAACACUUGUCUAUAAACACACACCUCAUUAUUAACAUGCAGACACUGAUUUUAAAUACACACUUAAAUAUACAUCCCUGAAAUCACACUCACGCUGACUCCAUACAGAUAUACUCCUACAUUCUCAUACAAACUGCUCAAACCUACUCCUGCAUUCACACACAGACAAUGCAUACAAAUCUAUCCCUGCAUUCAUACAGACUUCCCACACUAAUUAUACUAAAUCCAAGUAUACACUCACUAACAUAUUUGUAUAUACGUCCAUGUUAUUAGUGUCAAAGCAAAAGUGUAUGUAAUGUAACGGUUUUAACAUACAUUUCUUUAAAUGUGUCCUUCCAUUCACACUUCACACCAAUCAUACUGACAUUAUAUGCAAAAAAAAAAAAAAGCACAAGCAUCCACACAGACAACACACAGGUGUAUUCACACUGACUUUACACACUCAAAACUUGCAUUGAAACACACAGAUCUUUACACUUCACACAACCAAUGGAAUAGACACAGGGUUAUUCAUUAAAGUAAGAAUUUUCAGGAAUUAAAAAUGAAUUUCAAAUGUAAUGCCUAUAUAAUCAAAACAAACAACAAUAUUGACUUUGAAUUGAAAAAAUAUAUUUUGAAAUUUACUUUUCUCUGCAAUUCUCACUUGAGAAAAUAUCCCAGACAGGUUUUUUUUUUAUUUUAAAAUUCUAUUCUACAUUUACUUAAAACACAUUUAUUUGGUCUUCAAAGGGCCCAGGAUCUAAUUUUGCCAAGUAUGUCCCUGUGUAGGUUUUUUUAUUGUUUUAUAAUUGUAUUUUUUUCUUUCUGCUUGCAUCAAGUUUGCAUCUUGCUUUGUAAGACGCAUUUUUGAAAAUGAAGUACAGAUGUAACACAAUAUCUAACAUGGCAACUUGCUGUUUUGACACCAGGAACUAAAAGCUACCGGGACCAUGGUCAUAGAAUGCUACUGAUCUGGCUGCAUGGUGUCGUAAUGGCUGGCGAAAACCCAGUAAAAGGACUGUAUGAGGGGCUGGUCGGUAUUGACAGGAGAGACCUUGCAGGUCAGUGAUGUAGUUUGGUCUGUUCUAUGCUGAACGCUGACUAAAGUAAUCUGAAAUAUAAGUAUUACAACAGAGUCUAAAAAUUGUGUCCAUUUAUUGGGUUAAACUGCAAGAAUGAUUUCGACCAUUGUGUAAGUUUAAAAGAUAAAAUAUAUCUCUACUCAAAUGUUGGAAGGUCAUAACCACUAGAACAAGGGUAGGCAACCUUUGGCACACCAGAUGUUGUGAACUACAUCUCCCAUAAUGCUCUCGCAGCCAUAAUGCUAGUAAAGCAUCAGUGGAGAUGUCCAUAACAUAUGGACUGCCAAAGGUUGUCUACAUCUGCCCUAGAAAACUGAAUGCUAUACAAUAAAAAGGAAAAUAAUCCAACAUAAAGAAACAAGAAAACCAAAAACUGUACACACAUUUACAUUUAUCACCUAAAACAUGUAUGAUACAAGGGGUAAACAAAAUUCAAAUUAAUGAAAAUCUACCCGAUUACCCAGAAGAAGUAACUACAUUUUACUAUUUCCAUUACAUGGUUUCUAUGUUUCUCUCAACCUGAUCUGUAGUCUGCUGCCCUUGAUAAGUAACCAUUUUGUUUUGCUUUCUGUCGUCAUCUGUAGAGAGUAUCAGGAAAAUGGCAAAUGCAGAUGAUUCUUCUCCGAAGAAAUGUACUGCAAUGUGAACACCUAUACUGAACCAAUCUUGCCAUGGAAAGACAGUGCCGCUAACCGCAUCACAGGCCAGCGAUCGUAACAGAGAAUCUUCUCAGCACAUAGUCACCUCAAGGGCUGAUACUAAAUCCAAAUAUAUACCCUGCAGUGCCAUUUGAAAACAGCGUCAGUAUACAACCAUCCUGAUGUGACCUACUUGGAAACCCAGAGGUCUUUCUGGGUUUUGGGCUCCUUUAUAGCACUUUCUAUACUGGAUUUAUAAAACUAUUUAAUUAAAAAUGUUAUUGGGGAUUUAAUUUAUCUGUUCUUUAAACACUUUGUGACAAAGUUAGGCAAAUCCUAUGAUAUAUAUGACACUGCUUGUGUGUAAUGUCAUGAGGGGUUAAAAGUCUCAUUGUCUGUUCUUGUUUUUUUUUUUGUACUUUUUUCUACUCCUGGUUGUCACUUUGCGACACGCUAAAGCACAUUAGCAAAGACCAAGAGUCUAUAACUGCAACAAAUAACUUUUUUCUUUUGUAAUGAAAUUUUAUAUGCACAGGAGAGAGAUACGGGUUUCUAAUCCAUUGCUCUGCUCCCUAGAGCAGGAAUUUUUGGUUACGUGUGUUGUGACGCAUCCAGCCUUUCUUAUAGCACAUGUCCCCAAGUAUUGCGUUCUAGCAACUGCACAGGGAUAACCGACUCUCUCCCAUGUGAACUGGGAGUGCAAAUGAGCUUUGUGUGAAAUUGUGAUUGUUUGUGAAAAUAUUGCUUUAUACCAUUUUAUGUGAGCAAAAAGCACAACUUUUUAUUCCUUGGAACAAAAUAGUUUUGUAAGAACCCAGUAUACACUUUAGGAACAACAUUUGACAACCAAUUUGGGUUUUGGGUUCUGAUGCAGAGUAUUAAAAAGUGCACAUCUUGAUUUAAAGACAUAAUUAAGACAUUAAAGUUGGCUUGUCUUUACUGAACUCAAUGACAUCUUUAGAUAAUAUUUAAUAAAUAUAUAGUUCUGGUACAUAUAAAAAUUUCUGUAACUAUACAUUUAUCUGAAAUUUGCAAUCAUCUUGGUGAACUCCCAUAAUGCUGGGGAUGGCAAUCUCACAAUUAGUAGAACAGAGAUAUACGUAUUGUGUGUUCCUUUGUGUUGUAUAUACAGUAAAAUACUGUUAAAAAUCUCCAGUUGUAAUUUAUGAAUGUCCAAAGAGUGCAGUCUGGCCAUAUUUAAACACCAGUAACUACACCACUUGAAGAUCUCUCAGUUUCAGUACGCACUUCCAUUUUGCAGUUGAAUUACAACUUCCAAACCAAAAAAAAGCUAGAAAAAUGUUGUCAGAGGUGAUCAGAUCAUGUGAUUUAUUUAGUGUGUUCUCCCAGCAUUUCGCUGUACUGGACAGAUGAAAAGUGUGAGCACUGUGUCCAUGCAAAAAUUGUUAUUGGGUUUAGCAGCUUUAGAAAUAAUCAGGAACUAUUAAUGCAUUGUGUAAUGGUGCAGGCAUUAUGUUUGAUUAUAUUAGUUCUUUAAAAAGGUUCUUAAACAAGAAGUGUACCUUUUUAAUAUUCUAACUUGAAAGCUUUUUAAAUUAUUAUCUAUUCAUUUACUAACCUUACCAAAUGUAAAGUGAUCUCAUUCUUUUAUAUAAAAAGCAAGAAAAAAAAUAUAUAAUUAAUUUAUUCAAUUAUUGCAGCACAUGAGGGUUAAACUGCACUAACACCCAGCCUUAGGUGCCAGAUCUUACAAAGUCACAUGGUGCUUUCUUUGUGCCAAUAUAUCUAUGCAACUACUUAUGAAAUGGAAUGCCUUUCAUUUACCUGGCACUUUCCGUUCAAAAAUGGGUUUUCGUCAUUCUCUGAAGACUGGAGAAAAUAUUAACAUUCCACUAUGCGUAACAACACAAGCUUUAUGCAAGCAGAUUUGGGAGCUUAAGUGCUCGAAGACGAUCUAUGGAAUUGAUUCCAAGAAUGCACUGACUGCAUUCCUCUGGCCUUCAGUAGGUAAAUUCCAAAGCCAUUGUAGGCUGGCAAAGCAUCAUAAGAGUUUUAGUUCUACAAUAAGUGGGGAUCUACUUUUGACGAUACCUGGCCCUUAAUGUUAUGCAACAACCUAUCCUAAGACUUUGGCUGUUAGUGAUGGUAUACCCUUUACAAAGUUUCGAAUAACCUCAUAGGUGUUUAAGAGAAAAUGACUGAAUUAAGCAGGCUAAUGUAUAUCUAAAUGUAUUAAUGACUGUAGCAUUGUUGCUAGAUGAAAGGAUUGUGUUAUCAAAGUAUGCCCAGAUGUUACAAAUAGAAAGCGUUAAUUUCUCUACCUAGGGCACUUAACGUCAGAGCAUUAAAUGGGUAAGAGGCAUCAUGCUGCUUGUAAGAGGGAUACAUUGGUAAAUUGCGUAUUAAUUGUGGUGGUAAAGAAGAUGUUUUCUUGCCAAAUUUUGCUGCUGGAAAUCUAGCAAGAAGUUUUAAUCUGUACAAAAGUUUUAUUCUGUUCAUUAAACUUUACGCAGUGUAUGUGUUGGCUGUUUCUCUGAAUAAUUUGUUAUCUG